AUGGAGAGUGACAGACUCAGAGCCGGAAAAAGAUAUUAUAUUCUUGUUCAAGAUCGUGUGGGCAGUAUGCAAGAGAGAAUCGUGUUGCCUUUUGGUGCAAUGGAGUCGACACCUACACAGGUAUUAAAAGGAGAGUUAUUGGAGGCUCUUCCAGAAACAGAGCAACCUAACGACUCAACAAGAAUGGCUCUUACUGGAAAUGAUCGGAAACGUAUUCGUCUUGAAUGUCGUACAGAAGACACAACGCGACUUACGAUCGAAGAUGCUAACCUACUCUUGGCUAUUUCUUCAGUAGGUUUGAGAUAUCAGUCUUUUAUUGAUAGGAAACGUUUAGAUUUCGGGAGACAGAUCUCACCCGGAAGUCAAGUGUUCGUGGAAGUGAAAGGAUUUUCCAACAAAUUACACGGAUUGGUUUGGUACAUUGGUGAAUUGCCCUCCUUUCAUGGAACCAUGUUUGGUGUAGAGUUGUUGGUAAGUAAGCUUAAUACCACUGAUUUACCACUUUUUCAGUUCAAGCUAUGUCAGUAUUCACACCUUUUAGCGAUUCAGACCUAUAAUAGAAAUGGCAGUUCUGUAGUUAACAGGCUGAUUGCUCACCAUUAUAGCACUAGAAAUUUUCUUUCAAAUAAUAAUCAACCCAGAACUAGCUUAAGCCUGAAACCCCGACCCUGUUUAGGACAAAAAAAUUCCCCAAAUACAAACCCUUUAUUACCCUGUUUAGGACAGACUUGGGCAAAAUUUUUAUACCCUGUUUAGGACAAACUGGCACAAAAUUAUAUACCCUUUUUAGAAAAGACUCGCCAGAAAUUAUAAUCCUGUUUAGGACAGAGGGGACAAAAACCAUAAUUAUCCCAUUCAGUGACAUAUCCCCAUAUAGGCCGUAUAAGGGAGUACCCCCAAGACUGGUCCAUUGAUCCACCAUCUGAGAAGAUUUUGCCUUAAUCGUCCCCUGGAUUGCCAUGAUCCCUUUAUACCAAAUCCAUCUCACAGACUGAAAUUUCACGCAUCAACAUUAUAUAACAUAAAACAUACUUACAUGGCACUCCGUGAGCAAAUGUUCGUGUCACCCUUGCUGUAAAAACCUGUGAAAUUUUUGUUUGUUUUCUAGCUAUUAUUUUCCUUGGCUCUUAAUUAUGUUGACUUCUCAAUGGCUUCUUUGUAUUAAAUGUUUUUUGUCAUACUCAUGAGGUUCACAGGUUUUACAUUGAUUAUGAGCCAAAGUUUCAUUAGGUGGUAAAAUAUUAUUAUAGCACUUUAUUCAUGAGUGACAAGUUGCACCUUGUUGUCACAGCUCGAUAGCUGCAACCUACAACCCUGAACAAAACCAGUUAAGACACAUUAAAAAAUACCUAUGUUUUGCACUUGUCCUCCUGCAACAAAUAUGACAACCGUCACAAAUUAGAAGACUGUCCCCCCACCUCUAUUCCAAUGUUGUUAGCGGUAACACAAGAAAUGAACAUGUGCAAUUUGGCUGUUAGACUUUGUUCUGUUUGGAGGAUUAACUGGAGAUUGGUCCAUGGUGCAAAAUUGAAAAAUACAUGCAAAUGUCUCAACAGUCUUGUAUGGGGUUGUAGUUUUUUUAUUUUAUUUUUCAUUUUUUUGUGCACGUGAUCUAGGGUUUGUCGUGUGUUAGCACAGUAUUUGCCAUUAGGGCAUGGGUAGUAAAUUGUAAGAGAGGGGUUAGUUGGCGGCCAUACAUUAAAGCGUGCUUUGGUUCAAUCCGUGUGUGUGUUUAUAUCUGGUUAAAUCCAUGCUUACCUGGUCCAUCCGGGUGGGAUACCACAACUGGUGACAAGGAUAACUGUAGGACAGUUUAUUUUUUUGUAAAUUAAUGGCCGUGGCAAUUCAAGGAAAUCUGGGUGGAAUAUCCAGCUUUGAUCUUCAUGGUCACCCGACUGCUUUUUGAGCAAGGUGGAAGAAUUGGAAGUGUGUUCAUUCAAAUCAUUUAAUGGAGGUGAGGGAGUUACAAACGCAGCAGAAAAGAAAGCUCUUCUUCUGUGUAUUUUACUUUCCCUCCUGCUCGUCAGCCAGGUGAACGUGAAAAUGUUUACACAGUUGCAAUCGAACAGCUGGACCAGUACUUUCCUCCCCAGGUAAAAUGUUCCCUACCAAAAAGCAUAAUUAUUUUCUGUAAUGACUCAAUCACCUACAGAAUCAGUUGAUCAGUUUAUCAUGAGGUUGAGAGAAAAAGCAGAUUGCUGUGAAUUUGGUGAAACGGCAGGUUAGAACAUUCAUGAUCAGGUGAUUGAAAAGUGUUUGUCCAGUCGAUUACGAAGAAAACUAUUGGAAAGAGGAAGGGGCCUGACUUUAAACAAUCUUCAAACGAUUGCAAGAGCCAUGGAAGCCAGCGACAGACAGGCAGGCAAUAUAGAAAACUCAAAUCAGGCAAAACUUGGGCUGAACGCUAUCCAAGGUAAACAAGAAUUAGAAAGAAGAUGUUUUAUGGGAGACAACUCUGGUCAUAUGCAAGAUGAUAAGAAGAGUGUCCUGCUAGAAACAAGGAAUGUCUUAUUGAAGUGCCAUAAGGUAGGCCAUUUUGCUAAAUGUUGUAAGAUGAAGGAGACUAAAUGCUCCAAGGAGAAGUGGCCUAGUAAACCAAAGGGACAUAAAGGAACUGUUAACCAAAUGAACUUUAAGUAUUAUUCAGAUGACGAAAAUGAAUAUGCAUUUACCAUCAAUGAUGAGAAACAGCCUAUGGUUUUAGUGAAUAUUGGAGGUCUACCCAAUGUGUCUAUGAAUUUGUUGACUCUGGUGCAAGUUGUUAUGUAAUUGACCGUCAGUUGUGGGAAUCACUAAACAAAAUAAAGUGAAGUGGCAGCAGUGAACCAUUGAAAACAGCUGGUUGUUUCAUGGCUAAAGUAGCAGUUGAAGAUGUUGCUGUUGAUCAAAGCAGAGUUUACUGUAAUUGAGGGUAAAGGACCAGGCAUUGCUAGAAAGACAGACAGCCACACAGCCUGUAAAGUUUUAAGUCUGACAGUCCAAACAUUUGUAUAACUCUUUGCAAGAAGAGAACUUAUUUCAGAAAUACAAGUCAUGUUUUCAGGGCCUGGGAAAGUUGAAAGAUUUCCAGCUGAACAUUCCCAUUGAUCCAUGUGUCAAACCAGUAGUUCAGCCUAUUUGUUGUGUACCCUUUAGUCUAAGGGAUAAAUUGGAAAAGAAGCUUAAUGAGCUGGUGGACCUUGAUGUAACUGAGAAGGCAGAGGGACCAACCCCGGGGAUUUCACUUGUAGUUGUUGUUCCUAAACCCAAUGGUGACUUACGUCUGUGUGUUGAUAUGUCAUAAUUAAUAUUAUGCAGGCAAGCAAACAGUGCAAUAGUCAGAGAGCAACACCCCAUUCCCACAGUGGAUGAAAUUCUGCAUAAUCUUGUAAGUCUUCACUAUUUAGUUAGACAGUCAUAAAGUGGGCUUUUCACCAAGUUGAACUGAGUGAAGAAUCCAGACUGAUCACCUCAUAUGUCACCCAUAAGGGACUCUUCCGGUAUAAGAGAUUGAUGUUGGAAUCAGCUGUGUCCCUGAAAUGUAUCAGCGAGUAAUACAACAAGCGUAUUAGGCUGUGAAGGUGUGAGAACCAUAAAUGAUGAUUAUCAUAGUGCAUGGAAAGACAGCCGAACAGCAUGACAUGCAACUUGAAAACGCCUUGGGAUUAGGAUCCAGGAAAAGGGUUUAAUGCUAAACAAGGAAAAGUGCAAGUUCCACAUGUCCGUAGUGAGAUUGAGUUAAUGGGACAUCUGCGAGGUAUUGGACCUACCCAAGCAAAUUUUGAGGCAGUCACAGAAGCAUGUUAGCCAGAAUUGGUAGCAGAAGUGUGCAGCUUCUUGCGUAUUGUUAACUUCUAUGCCACAUUCAUCCCCGAUCUGGCUACAAUGUCUGAGCCUUUAAGCAGACUCACAAGAAAAGAUGUACACUGUACUGUAUUCAGUAGGGCAACAAACAAGGCAAAGCAUUCAAUGCGUUAAAGAAGAGGCAAGCAAAUACAGAGACCCUGGGCGAUUUCUACAAGGAUGCAGAAACCUGCCUCAUAAUCGAUGCUAGCCUGAGAUCAUGCCCUCUCCCUAUUAUCCCUUUAGGUCUCUCAUGGGAAGAGGGCAUGAUACACUUCUUUGUCGGAUCACAUGUAAAAAAGCCAGAAUCUGAACUUUUUUCUGAUUGGUUAGGAAACAAAUAUACGGAUGAUUAAUUUUGCGCUGUUCCAAUUGGCCAAAAUGCAGCCAUCCGUUAGUUGUUGUUGAUUUCAGUCUGCAUUUUUGCUUGCGUAAUGAGCAGUGAAUACACCGUAGGGGUUACUAAAACAAGGAAUGACCUACAAUGACCUACAAUGACCUACAAUGAUCUACAAUGAUCUACAAUGACCUACAAUGAGCUACUAUGACCGAACGUGUAAUCCCUGCAAUGAGCUAAAAUGAAGAUUUCAGAAAAAGACAAAAAAAAUGAUCAGGGGACGUGUGUAGUAGUUACUUAAACAAGGAAUAACCUACAAUGACCUACAAUGGCCUACAAUGACCUACAAUGAUCUACGAUGAGCUACUACGAGCUACAAUGAGCUGCUACGAGCUAAAAUGAGUUAAAAUAAGCCCUACGAGCUAUAAAAUGACAGACAAUGAUGUUUGUCGUGUGUCACGCUUGGACGUGACACUAGGCUCAUGGUAUUAGAUUGCCAAGCCAAUUUGAAAAGGCAUAACAAAAAUUGUGCCUGAACUCAGGUAACUUGAGAAACUUGAAAAUAGAUUAUCGCAAUCACGUUUUUACCGGUAUAGCACUAUUAUACCCUGUAUUGAUGGAAGUCAUGCAGGCACUCCCUUAUUUGGCCUAGAUGGGUAUGGGCCGCUGAGCAGGAUAUGGAUUUUACUAUUUAGCGUUACAAACAGAGCAUCCUGUUAGACCAAAAGCCAUUUAAAGGGUCUUAUGAUGUCUUAUACAGGCCAGGGUACUUAAAAAAAAUGAACAAUUUUUCUUUUGAACAGGGUCAGAAUUUGAAGGCCUCCGUUGUUCAUCUCUACCUUUACGUCCCUUGAAGAUCCCCCCGGAUCAACUGUUGGGGUGACUGUGUUUGUUCAAUUUGUUUGAAAAAAAGACAAGACAAAAUAAAACUAUUGCGAAAGGUUGCAAGGGAUGGUUUGGACAAAAGUCACAGUAUCAUCAUACAUGUAUUAUUACACUGUAAAUUUAUCUCCAAGUGUAAUAAUUAGAGAUGCUGUCAUCGUUAAAUGGGCUGUCAUGCAGUAGACUAAACGUGUUACGUUUACGCACACAUGUCCCCUGAUCUUUUUUUUGUCUUUUUCUAAAAUCUUUGUUUUAUCUCGUUACAAGGAUUACACAUUCGGUCAUAGUAGCUCAUUGUAGGUCAUUGUAGAUCAUUGUAGGUCAUUGCAGGUCAUUGUAGAUCAUUGUAGGUCAUUGUAGGUCAUUCCUUGUUUUAGUAACUAUGGUGAACACACAUGUGAGCUCAUUAUAACAUUUCUGUCGACUCAGUUUUCUUGAAUUUGAAGAAUGCCUAAAUAGAAAUUUCAUCCAUUGAAAUAUUUUCCAUCUGAUCGUAUACUAAAAAGUUGCAGUCAAAAAUUUACCGAUCAUUUGAAUGCAAUUUGAUACCCGCUACAAGUUACAGAAGCAACAAACGGGUUCACUUUUCAAGUAAUCAAUUCAUGAAUGGAAUCUUGACUUGGUUUGACUGUAAUUCCUCGUUCAGAAACCUGCGAAUUAUUCUGAGCGAUCUUGCUUUCACAACACCUUUCAGUUCGUAAAAUGUGGUGCUUCAGCCUAACUUUUUUUUUCACUGCUUUCGGCACAGAAAAUUGUUUUCAAAAGAGACAUUCUUCGUGCCAAAAUUUGAUUCCCAUAUGGUAAACGCUUAUUGGCUAAUAACAUGACAGGUCAAGCAGACGUUAGAUUAUGUAAAUUAGGGGGCGGUUAACGGCUUGUUAAAUGAAUGUAUCAGGCAUUAUUUUUUUUCCCUCUCGAGCCAAAGAAACAAAGAAGCAAAUAAAUAAAUAAAUAACGCCUGAUCUCAGGUUAAAUCGAUGCCUGCCUUGUAGGCCUAGGUGCAGUCUUGACACAAGUACAGAAUGGUGAAGAGCGAGUGAUUUGUUAUGCUAACCGAAGUCUAACAGACGUCAAAAGACGCUAUUCAUAGACUGAAAGAGAUUAACUUUGGGUAUUGUAUGGGCAUGUGAGCGACUACACAUGUACUUGUAUGGAACAGACUUUGAAAUCCGAACAGAUCACAAGCCCCUGGAACUUAUUUACUCAUUGACAAGGAAAUCACACCCAAGUGCAAGAUUCAGUUGGUGGAUAUUAUGAUUGCAGCCAUAUAGCGUACUGUUUUACAGUGAGACACACCCGAGGGAAAGAAAACAUUGCAGAUACUUUAUCUCACCUCACAGAUCAGCACACCAAAUCAUGUGCGAAACUGUGCACCGAAACCAAUGGUAUGUGAGGUUUAUUGCUGAAAAUGUAACUCCAUGUGCCCUAGUGGACCAAGAACUGUCUAAUGUCAGAGAGUGUAUUCAAAAGAGACAGUGGGAGACACUUGAAAACAAGCGAUACUUGAUGGUCAGGAGUGAACUUUCUGUCAUUGGAAAACUAGUACUACGAGGAACUCGGAUCCUUCUAAGUCCCUUCUAGCUUGUGAGAAAGAGUACUGAAUCUUGCUCGUGAGGGCCAUCCAGGGAAAGUGUUAAUGAAACACUGACUCCGUACAAAAGUUUGGUGGGCAAAUUGUGACAAGGAUGCUGAAAGAUUCUGUAAGUCAUGCCCUCCUUGCCAAAUGGUUUCCAUACCACCACCACCAGAACCACUCAAGAGAACAGAGCUCCCAUCAGGUCCAUGGCAACAUAUCUCAGCAGAUCUUACGACUCUAUCACUACCUUAAGGAGACCACCUGUUUGUAGUUGUAGACUACUACAGCCGAUAUAUAGAAGUACAAGUUCUGAAGCCUACUACAAGGAAAUAAAUGUCAAAUUUCACAAAAUGACAUCUUUCACAUGAAAUUUUCAGAAUUUUACCUGUGUUUUCACAAUUCUUGUAAAAUUUGACAUUUAUUUUCUCGGGCUCCCAUGAGAAAUAGUCUUUGGUGUUAUUAAAAACAACUAAUAAUUUAGUUAUCUAUAGUCCUUGAGAAAUGUAAAAAAGAAUGCAAAAUUGUUUAAAUUAUUCUGGUACAAGGUUUUUGUCUGCUGAAACUUGAAAUUACUCAAUUUCCUGAUGGAUUCCAUCUUAAAGUAAUUUUUUCCCAUUAUUAUCAAUUUAAAAGAAUCUAAUUAAAUUACUCAAAUCUUUCAAAUUUCUACUUAAGACCAUGGGCUAGUUAAGACAUUUUAAUAGCCCGACAUCAUUUUUAGUCGCCUUGGGCAACAGGGCUAUCGGAGAUGUUGAACCCUUGUUUUUGUCCUAAACAGAGUCUGGGUAUUGCAUGAUUGAGUUGAUUUGUUCAAUGAAACUUGUCUGUGUUCCAAGUAUACAAAGGCAAUGACUAUAAAGUAAAUAUUGUCAGUUGCAAUUGCCAAUAAAUGACUUUAGGAUAUUUUUGGUCCUAGUCUGCAGAAUGAGAGUUUCAAACCCUCAGCAGGUCAUCUCUACCCAAAAUUAACUACCGCCAAGGUAAGGGGGGGGGGGGGGAGGCAUUUGAUCACUUUGAUCACCUAAAAUAGACCAGUGAUGGGCCAUUUGAAUGGCUUUUGGCUCAGUUAAUUUUAUUUGAUUGAGACAGUGCUAGGAAAAGACGCACCCAUUUGGAAGUGAUAACUGGGCUUGCUCUUGUUUCGUUUUGUUUUUUGUUUGCAGCAAAUUUAGUGAUCCUUAAUAUACAAAAAUAGUUCCACGAUUGAAGCGAUUUGCUAAAGGAGGGUCUCCAAUAGGUUUAUGGGUCCAGGAUUUGCUUUAUUUGAAGGCCAGGACUGUUUUUGGAUUUAAAAGCAUAUUGGAGGGGGUAAUAAUUUAUUCCAAAAUGCCAGUAUGCAGAGGUGGGAUGCCCAUAAAAACCAUUGGGAUUAGGAAUUGAGCAAGAUUCUGGAGUGGGAUGACAGGAUUAUAGAACAUAACCUGAUUUGGGACCCCUUGUAAAGAGUGAUUGUGUAGAUAGACAUAUUUUUGGUUUAAUCAGUCACAAGCUGCCCAUCCCCCACUGUAUGGAAGUUUGUUGGGCUGUUAUUGUCAGAGAUAAUGCUUAAGGCUGUGCCUGGUAAAUGGAUGGUUAAUAUGGCAUUAGAACAAACAGUAAUAUAUUAUUUUUUUCAUUAUUUUGAGUUUGUCAUGUAAUCUUGGAUUUAGCUGUUGGUUGUGUAAUUUCCCAGGCACAUUACAGACACUUGCUGAGUCAGAUCUGUGGGAUGGGGUACUCUUUACUUCUGAUCUUGAUCUUGUUUUGUCCUUGUUUCUUUUUUUUUGUCAUUUUAAUAAACAAAAGAUCCAUAAUUUAUUGUCCCUCAUUUAAAUUGGACUCGGUCAAAUAGACCAGAGUUUGUCAUUGCCCAUUGGUAAGAUAUUUUAUUGGCUUAUUCUCCGUUUGGUACGCAGUCAUUUUUGCAUUGGGUUAUUUUUGGUGUUUUUUGAUGGGUAAAAAUCUUUGUAUUUUGUUUUAAUUAGGACAGUUCUGACUAUGCCAGCAGCUGAUGGGUUAAUUUGUUCAUUUAAGAUUUGUUUGAUAUCUUUCUUACGUAAAUGCAGUAUUGGUACAAUGUUGUAUUGAGUUUUUAAUACUUUUUCACGUCAAACUAAAGUAAGGACUGUUUUGUUGUUUAAUGUGGCAAACAUCACAAGUGCUGUGUGCUAAACUGCUUGCUGUUAAGAUUUAUAUUGGUUUUUCUUUUUCAUUUUAAUACCUUCUAGAAAAAUCUUGGCCAAGGAACAUCAGAUGGUACAUUCAGGAACAAGCGAUAUUUCACGUGUCCCCCAGACUCAGGAGUUUUUGUUGCUCUUGAUAAACUUACACCUAUUGAGGAUUCAGACUCAAAAUCACCUACAUCUCCAAAGAGAGAUGAAAGUAGUCCAAGUAGUUUUGCUUCAAGAGUGAUUCCUUCUUUAUUUAAAGGGAAAAAAUAUCAUAAGCAGAAGGUACAUAUAUCUCGGAAAGGAUCUGAUCAUACAGUUAAAAUUGAUGAACGAGUUGUAACAUUUGCUGGUGAUGCUCCUGUCAGAGGAACUGUUCGUUAUAUUGGUAAGGACAAAGACUCACAUGGACAAGUUCACACCCUUGUAGGAUUAGAGCUGGUGAGUUAAUGUAGUUGUUACAUGUAGAAUUCAUACACUUCAACUUGCUCGAAAAGCACUCUUAUAUCUUUUCAGUUCUUUCUAAAUUAAGCUUAUAGUGUAGACUUUGGUAUCUAACGGCCUUGGGGGAUAUUGAUGUACAUGUAUAUAAUUAUUCCCCGGAAAUGACGUACAUGAGAGAAUGAGAAUACCAAAUACAAAUUUGAAUGGCAAUAUGCAGGGAAUUUAUUUCUUUAUUCAUUUUGCAAUGAAGAGCAUGCUUGGUGACGACUUUGCUGGAAAUAAAAAGUUGCUCAAAAAUUGCCGGAUUUUGAUGCAAGUCUUAAAGCUUUGUUGUUCUUUUUUUAGAAGAAUUUUAACUUCAAAUGAGUAUAAUUUUCAGUUUUUCUCUAAUCUUGGUUUUUAAACUCGUGGAUACAUGAAGGAUAUCUGCCAGUUGUUGAGGUGGCUGUGAUACCGGUAUGUUCUCAUCAUGAAAACAAUGUAUUGUCGUUGUUACCGAUGUGCCCAUUAAGUUCACCCCCGUGAGAGAGACCUGUGAAAAAGGCUUUCACACUCGCAAUCUUUGCCCAAGUUCGCUGCGAAAGAAACAACACUUUCUUUCCAUUCUAUCAGUUCUGUCCGUUCUUUAGGUCGUGUAUAUACGCUACACUGAAGUAUUUCGAUCAUAAACCCUGAAAAGUUUUAAAUUUCUAGUAACAUUUCAAAGUAAUUAGAGCAUCGGUCAGUAUAAAAGACGGACUGCGGACUGCGGACCACGGACUGCGGACUGGGUAUAAAAUACGGACUAGGUAUAAAAUGCCGACUCUGGACUGAGUAUAAAACACGGACAAGGUAUAAAACGCGGACUACGGACUAUGUGUAUAAAAACAGCUUUAGAAGGUAAAACUGAGAGAAAUAGAAAGCGGACUAGCAAAAACGGGAGUCCCAGCUUUAACAUUCCCUUGGCUGUUCACGUAGUCUAUUCUUCCCACGGAGAAGGAAGGUUAUGCCGGUACUCAAGGCAACUGAAGUUAAACUCUGAAUUUUAUAAAAAGGAGUUUGAAGAGAUUUCAGUUUGCAGUUUUAAACCAAUAAGAAGCACCGAAUUAAAAAAAAUAGUAUUGGUGUUAGUCAGAUCAGUAAAAUUCUUAUCGGAUGCCACAAUUCCGUUUCAAAUAAAGCCUUGGGAAUAUGAGGACUGAAUGAAGAACUCAGACGAGAAGGUCAAUGCCAUGCACAAAAGCAGUAUUUAGGUGGGAGGGAUUACUCACAUACGUGAAUAAUAACCGAAAUGAGUCAUGCAACGUUAUAUUCUAAGCGAUGAUUAUGAUAAGAUGAUUUACACGCUGCUCCUGAUCCCCGGAGGGGGGUACUACUGGUAAUUCUUGGUGGGGGUGUAGUGCCCGGUUCUCCGAAUCCUGACCUUAUUCCAGACCAAAAACUUGUCAUUUUCCACACCCGUUUUCAGACUAGAUGUCUAAAAUCCAUACCCAUUUUCGGACCUGGCCUUAUUUAGCCUGUCCCAGGUUCUCAGAUAGUUGGGGAAACUCCCCAGUUUUCUCCCGUUUUAUUUUCGUGUUUUCGCUUUCUGAAUUCAGCGGACCCAACUAUCUCAGAGCCUUGAACAGGUUAGUCCUAAUUAGGCAAAAAUUUUGUCAUCAUUACCAAGUUAGAGCGGAAACAAAAAAAUUCUCCAAAUGUAUUUCGAAUUCGCACAUUUCUAUUUCGUUCUCAUUCAUUUGGAAUUGAAACGAUAAAUACGUCCAUUCAUGUACGCUCCCGUAGUUCCCUCGAAAACCAUACCUGAUUCCACGCCAAAAUGGGCAAAGUGUUUUCAGACCAAAAAGGCCCAAACCCCCUACCCUUCCAUUAUAGAAGGGAGUACCACCCCUGAUCCUGACCCCUUUCAUGAUUGUCAGAGACCAAGACAAGGUCUAAAAAUGGGUGAAGAAAAAAGCAUUUUGAUCCGGCUCAUGAUUCAGAGAACCGGGCGGGACACCUCCACCAAGAAUUUAUAGGAGUAUUUACAACUUUAACUCACGUGUCUUGCUAUUUAGCGAUCUUUUGAUCUUAUUUGUCCUUACCUAGAACCAAUUUGCACGGUUUUUACCAAAGUAGUCCGUAGUCCGUAUUUUAUACCAAGUCCGCAGUCCGCACCUUGUCCGUGUUUUAUACCCAGUCCGUAUUUUCUAGUCCGCGUUUUAUACCUAGUCUAUAUUUUAUACCCGGUCCGCAGUCCGUAGUCCGCAGUCCGCAGUCCGCAGUCCGUGUUUUAUACUGACGAGGGGGGCGUAAGGGGGGUCCGAAAACCGCAAAACCGCACAGAAAUACGCCAAAAAACCGCAAUCCGCAUCGGAUUUUUUCCCGAAUACCGAAACCGCGCGUACAUGUAGGCCACAAUAUGAAAGCCGACGUCAGCAAGACUUGUGAUAUAUUCUGAUAUAGACUACGAGUAGUCCCCCAUUUUUCCUCAGGGAUAGUAGAGCGAGCAAAACGCGAGCACGCGUGAAAAUCACCCCACGCGAGAAAAGGCGACACGCGGCGGGGAGAGAGAAAACUGAGGGACUACAGACAAAGCCCAAGCUUUUGACCCUUUACGGCCGACUGAUUUUGGAGUGUGUUUUUCUCUUUCCCCGCCGCGUGUCGCCUUUUCUCGCGUGAGGCGAUUUUCACGCGUGCUCGUGUUUUGCUCGCUCCACUAUCCCUGAGGAAAAAUGGGGGACUACUCGUAGUCUAUUCUGAUAACAUUGUGCGUUAGUAUUAAACAUACCAUCAUAACGCUAACGAUAUAUUGUACUACACUAUUAUACUCUAUUUACUACUAACCAAAUGCCAAGUAUGCUGGUCAUGUACUUGAACGAGUAUUUAUAUCUCCCUUGACUUUGAAAAACUCUGUUUCUGAUCCUGUACGUCUUACAUUGGGUGACUGAUUACUUUGGACGAGCCUGUGCUAGUUGUGGAACGCGGAAUAAAUAUUUCUUCUGGAAUUGUGACCUUCUUGUCUCGUAAAGAGUUCACGUUCAGUGGAGAAGAAGAUUGUUAAAACGUACACCUCUUCUGAAAUUCUCCCCUUCCUUUCCUUCUUCAUAGAAGAUUGCCACGCAAUUAAUUAUUACGUCCUCUUCGCUUUCAGUUGCGACCUCGAAGACCUCAGUUGCCAUUGUCGCGCAUUGAAUCAAAGAGAACACGAGGCUGUACGGCUGUAGGAGCUAACAUCCGGCAUAGAAUUUCACGAAGCGGACGCAUCAUUGGCCAAAACGGUUAAUCACAUUAAGGGACAGUGUCCCGAUUAUGCGCACGCGCGAGCGUCAUCUGUUUUUUCUUCAAAAGACAAUAGAACUGUCAUAUUGACUCGACAAGAUUUCCUUCCGGACCGCACCGCCGACAGAGAUUUGUUGUUUAUAUUCUCAAGUAAUAUUUUAGACUUUCAAAGAAGUCUUUCGUCUUAUAUAAAAAUUUGGCUUGCGGUUCAAAGAGUUAUCGCGAUUUUAUCGCUAGCUGGGCCGCCUCGCGACCCGAAAAUCUCGUUCCGCUCGCUUUAAAAACAUAUUUUCUAAUUUGAAACUCGUGUCAGAGGUCAUUUGUCCCCAGUCCAGUAAUAUCUGCCUGAUUUGCUCGCGUUAGCCUCAAACCUUUGAAAGACAUAAAUAAAAAUGCAAUCUCAACGCUAUGAAUCAUCAGAAAGGUUAGUCAAAAAUUAUAUUAUGAUUUCAUGGCACUAGUUUUCCUAAACAUGUAGCGCCUGUUUGUUUGAUUUUUUCGGCCGUUAGGGAGAUUCAUUUAAAAAAGUUUACUAACGCGUCGUUGCAAAACAUUCUGCUUCACGAAGCUCCCCUCCACAAGAUCUCCUCAGUCACAUCAAUGUCUCAAUGGUUUCUUUCUUACAGUAUUUAUUGUUGCCGUUUCAUUUCUGCGUAUUCCUUUCACAAUUAUCUGAGCUUGUAUGGAAGCUAGCAGCAGAAAUAAGCCUUCAAUCGGCAUCAAAGUGCUUCCAAUCUUUUGGUCCUCCGGCCAACGGCAAUAAAAGUAACGCCAAAAAAAUUUUGCCCAAAUCGAAACUUAACGGGAACAAUAUAUCAUUGAUCUGUAAUCCUGAGAAGUUUUAGUGUCGUAUUGAACCCGGUCAAGCGCGAUGCAAACGGAUUUUUCAAGGUUCUCUUACUCUCCUCGCAUCUUUUGAUUUCGCGACAUCCUGUCCAAAAAUCAAAGUUUGGUGCAUGCGCAGUAACGGGAUACUGUUCCUUUAAGUAUUAACUGGAAAAGGUCGUAAUUGCAAACCACAGAGUUAAAUUGUAAGCUGACAUAAUGAACCCUGAUGCGUUGUAAAACAAAACACUUGGCUCGCGCCUGCAAAACAACCGGAUGCCGACCGUUCUAAAGAGUUAUCACCGCAGACACUUUUUUUUUCACCGAAAACCGCGACUUAAAGGUUGUAAUAACCGCAAAACGCUUAGUGUUUUGAAACCGCAAUACCGCGAGUUAAAAUAAAAAUUAACGCAAAACCGCACCAAAAAUAACGCAAAACCGCAUCACCGCAAACCCUUACGCCCCCCUCACUGACCGAUUAGAGCAUUGCCAAUAAAUCGCGGUAUCAACGAGGUUUAUUGUUUAUGCCCAAAACUUCGCAGUGUUUCUAGCACGGGCUCCAGCGAGGAAUGGAUUACAGUUUCCCGGGAGAGUGGAGAAAAGAGCUGGACAAUCAUAAGAUAACUGGGCUGGUCUCAACGGAUUUGUUUUGUCAAAAACGUUCGAUAUACACCUAAUUCCAAAAUGGCGGUCGGGCGGGAUGAUCUGGGGAGAGCCGCGCGGAAACGAGGCAUCGAGGGCCAGGUCAAACAUAACAACUAUGGCGUCCUGCGCGUAUGGUCCAUCGUAUUUUAAUCAGAAGAAGACAUUCCUGGCAGUUCUUUGAACGGCAGGGAUCCGAAUCGGUUGAAAAAUAGCGAGCUUCAAUUUUAGUUAAAGUGCCGUGGUGAUUCUUGUAAAGGUUUAAUCACCAAAGCACAACUUUGCAAGCGGUAAGUGAUAUUUGUUUUGCGUCGCAAUUUGUCGUUGCUAAGGGACCUUAAUGGUAGGCGCCUAAUUCUCUCUGUUCUUUUACAGCGUGAAUGAGUAUUUGAAUGCCAACACCGAUCAUCUUCUGGUCGACCCGGACGUAAAUAUCGUCUAUAGCACGCGAAAAAGACAGCGGUUGAACCAAGAUACUGCUCCUCAGCCGGUGCAAGCUGACGAGAUGCUGAAGACGAGGCAACAAACGUGUCGUUCCCAGCAAAUGGAUGAUGAUGAUGUGCCCCAUGAUCGCACACGCCUACCAUAUGAAAACACCGAAUGAUCUUGCCGCCGGCCCUCGAUGCCUCGUUUCCACGCCGCUCUCCCCAGAUCGAUCCGAGCGACCGUCAUUUUGGAAUUAGGUGUAUUCUACCAUAUGAUCUGAUUGUUCUCAAAUUUGGAAAUAUGAACCUGAUGAGAAAACAGUUGACUUGAUUAAAGAUUACUGAUCGGAUCGUCAACAACGCGUGAAAAUCGGAAACGCGUUGUUUCGUGGCAGACAGUCUUUACAGGAAUUCCCCAGCGAUCAAUACCGGGACCGCCAAUAUUCAAUAUUUUAAUGAAUGAUCUGCACUGCGCAAUUAAGCACACCACUUUGUCAACCUAUGCUGACGAAAUGCAAAUUUUCUAUACAGGAGAUUUUCGGUUACGGAAGUUGAAGUAGUCUGCUACACAGCCGUUUUUAGUGUGACGACACUGAAAACGGUUGUGUAGCAGACUAAAGUUGAAGCGGCCAAUGUAGCACAAAUCUUGGUAGGAUAGAAAAAUGGUACGAUGAAAAUGAAAUGAGAAGAAAUCACGAGAAAUACAAGGCAAUGGUUUUAGGAAAAUCCUGUAUUUAAAUGUUACAACACUUGCAACAGAAAACGAAAUUGACCUACUCAGAGUGACUGUGGAUAGAAAGUUAAAGUUUGAGUCCCACAUUGCCAAAAUCUGCCCGGGUGAUUUGGCGUGAUCUACCUAUCAGACAAUGUUAAAGAAAAGCGGACAAUAGGGCCAUUUAUACGAGGAAAAAUAAGACGCGUCUUACAUAAGACGCGAACUGUACCGUUUAUACGAGCAUGUCUUAUCUGAGACAAGAACAGCUCUUAUAAAUGGUUCGCGUCUUAUUUCUGUUCUUGACUCGUUUUCAUGUGAAUGUUGCCCGUAGCAACGGCAAUCCAACGUGGGGCGCCAAAAAUUUACGCAUGCGUACUAUACGUUCGCGUCUUAUGUAAGACGCGAAGGUCAUUUAUACGAAGUUUUUCUCGUCUUAGCUAAGACGCGUCUUAUCUAAGAACAGGUGUUAAGGGCUGUUGUAAAAUAAGACGCGUCUUAGCUGAGCCGCGUCUUAGUUUAGACAAAAUGUGCCGUUUAUACGGAAAGUUCGCGUCUUAUUUUUCCUCGUAUAAAUGGCCCUAAUAUCUCACAAACCAAAGACUGGCCAAACGUUUAGGAACGGUUCGUAGAAUUUGAAAUCAAAAUAGGAAAGAUUUAAAUACACUUGAAGCGCCUGUACAUCUUUCAGAUUUAAUAACAUAACAGGCUUAUUUUAAUUUCAAAGGUAUACGACAUUUUCAUUGCUCAGUUGUUCUGCAAACUAUAAUUAGUCAAUAAAAUUAUCGAGGGAGGCUGGUCUGUUAGGUCCGUUUCAAACGUCAAAGCUGCUGACAAGCCGAACUCAAUUGAUCGAAUGAAGUUCGAUUUUGCUCCACAGAAGCAUGACGUUUACAACCAAGCCCUGCUACGGCCGUGCCUAACUUAGUUUAAGUGCAUUACAACGCUUUGUUUUCGACAACAGCUACACAAACUUUAUUUGACUGAAUUGAAUUACAGGGUUGAAUCGGGCCUAAACUAUUUUUUCACUUCUGUUAGUAACGGGCACUGGCUGGGUGCCUGGUCGUGAAACGUCCGCUGUCACUGACGCGUCGGGCAUCUGUGGCAACAGAGAUUCAGUAGGCACCUCCGUCGUGUCUCCUGUAAGGACUAGCGGGGAUGUUAGGUUCGAGAUUGUUCCUUCUAAUUGCACUGCGUCGUCAUCAUGUUCUGAGAUGGGUGGGUAUUUCUCGGGAAGCUUGUAACAAAGGGAGCAGUCCUUGGAGCAUCCUACUGCUACCUGAUCCUCCACUUGAGCCUUAAACCAUUUAAACGUACCUCGCCUGUCUACUUUUUUCGCGGGUGUACAUUCUUUGGCUGAAGCAGCUGACUAGAGCGAGUCGCUUGAUAAGGGGAGCGCAACUAUCCAAUCCUUCUGAUGUUUCUAUAAUUCAGUAGAAACCGUUUUGGUCAUAGGCCGCAUCCUCGUCUUUGUUUACGAAAAACUUUGUCGUCUUCACUCUGUUGUCCGCUUUUCCAUUAGCUGUAGAUAUAUAAGUGACAUUUUGAUGUGCUUCAACGGGAAAUCAUUUGCAAAGUUCUGAAAUUCGGUAGAAUCAAACUGCGGCCAAUGGUCCGCUGUGAGUGUUUCUGGUAGUGGGCUUUAGCUUACAGGUAAUGGACUUGGAGGUCUUGCAUCCCAUCACGUCCAGCUGAAAAAAGUUAGAAUAGCGAUAAGUGAUGACUAGGUGGUUAGUGCUGUGAGCUCUGAGAGGUCUGCCAACAUGCUUUCUUUGGGUUUCGAAGCACAGUAGAGGUCCUUUCAGGACUUAUGUUAGUUUGUGACUAUCGCAGAUGCUGCACCGUGAGAUAUACUCUGGAAUUUGCUCCUAACUUCCUGGUCAGUAGAAAGCUUUUCUAGCCCUCCGCAGACAGAUCUUGACGCCCAGCUGGUUUGCUUGUACUUUGUCAAAGAUACACUGUCUCGAACCACUUAGUGCCACAAUUCUUUCACCUUUAAACCCUGAAGCUAAAAUAAGAUUUGUUUUUUGUAGAUUCUCUUUCAAUUCAGCUAUCUCAUUUCGUAAAGAUUGGUUUUCCUUCCUUAGCUUUUCACUCCCUGUCAUAAUUGGUAGAAAAAAAGACGAAAUAUAAUCUUAACUCGGAGAGCUCUUAAUACACACGUCCGACCAGUACAGACAUUCACACCAGUCUCUCUUCAUACCUUUCUGUGCAGAAAACUUGGUUACCUUUUGUCAUUAACACCCCACGCAUCUCCUUAGAUUUUUUCAUCCUGAUUGGUUAAAGGCUGUUACACUCUGCUGCGUGGGUCUGCAAUAAGCAUUUGGAUACCCUCACUGUAAGUUACUUUUGAGUGAAACUUCUGUCAACAGCAUUCUUUGUAGCCUGCGAACCGCAGACGUAUUUCCGGUCGUCGCUUCUCUCCCUCCGAAAAAUAACGUCUGCGAACCCGAGCAGCAAAAUGAUUUCCGUGACGUGAAACGUUUUGUUUUGAUUUUGGCCAAUCACAUCAAAGGAUAGAAUACAGCUCGAGUGACUCCUCGCGACCUUGCGCGCUGGCGUCUUGUAUUUUGGCGAGAGUUACCAAAUACGCUUUGGAAUGUGAAUUUCACGUCGCGCGCGAAUUUUAAAGACAUAAAAACUGGCUGAAGUAAGAGUAAACGACUUGGACCAGGAGCUCUUUUCAGAGCUCACUGAACCCCUGGUCCAGCCUUUACUUAUACAUGUAGUGCCACUAUUUGCAGACGGAAAAGAUCCAAACUACUGUUUACAAAUCAAUGGGAACGUUUUAUGGGAAUGGAGGACGCUGGAAGGCAACUUGAAGAAACUAUAUGCAGUUCUUCAAAGAAACCUACGUCUAAAUGGCUAUUUGCUGAAGGAAUCUGCUUUUAAUCGGGUCUCUGUGUUACUGGGCACGAAAACGAAAACUUUCGUUGACAAAAUUAAAAAAGAGAAUAAUGGGAAGCGGCGCUGACAAAAGUUGGUGAAUCGUUUUAUACAGACACAUCCUUGAUGGAUUCAGAAAUCUCUGACAAUUGCUCGUCAAUAAUUCAAACUCCUACAAGUAUCGCCACAAAUUAAUGAACUGAAAGAUUACAAGUCAGUGGGCCGGACCCAGCAUGAAAUAAAUAUUUAAAGCAUAGUCAAGAUGACAUUUCAGCUAUGACGCUUCGACUCAUCUUAUAAAAAACUAUUGAAAAUAAAACCUUGAAAAGAACAUGUAUUUAAAGAAAAUAAGAACAACAAAAAUAAAAUGCUUUCGAUCUGUUCAAAGUUCUGUCUGAACCAAGAAACAACCACGCAUAGCUACGCAUGGGAAAUCAAUUACCACAUGUCCUAGCUUUCAAAGAUAAAGGAUACUAAAAAGUAUCUAAAAGAGCACACGACAAACUAUCGAAGAGUUCUCCAAAGCGCACUUUCCUACGAGGAACCAGAAAGGAACAGAAGCAACAAACGGCAUGAUGCGUUUACUGUCAUUGGGACAUUUAUCGUUUCUAAUAUGAUCAAACAACAAGGUGCGAUAAAUCAAUGACUCCGUAGGCAAAUAGAUAAAAAAUGUCCUGUAAUCUUCUCUUCAAUAUGAAUCCUCUCGGUGUUUAUUUCAUCAAUCAGUCCCACAAUCCGGGUAAAUUAACCUUCGUAAACGCGUCGUUCUGAGGAAAAAGGGCAGCUGAACACAGGCUACGUUGUCCUUUCAAUUUCGACUUGCAAACAUGUCCACCUCGCACGAUCUUGCGAGGUCUCGCGAGUUAGUUCCUUGAUUUUAAGAGCUAAACUGUGAUUGGCUACAAAGGUUUUACGUCACGGAAAUCGUUUUGUCGCUCGGGUUCGCAGACGUUAUUUUUUGAAGGGAGAGAAGUGACGACCGGAAAUACGUCUGCGGUUCGCAGGCUACAUUCUUUGCAGCCUAGCCUCCUCUUUGCACUCAUCAGAUUCUUCUUUAUAACGGCUUCCAGGGGUUUGUGGUCAGUUUGAAUUAAGGCCUUUCUUUCAUAGACGUACAUGUAGCUCUCAAAGCCGAAGACGACUGAUAACACUUCCUUCUCAAGCUGGGUGUAGUUAAGCAGUAAGGGCUCUAGAUGCAUGUGCAGUGGUACUUCAUGGGCAUCUUAAAGUAAGCAUACUCCGAGAUAUCCAGAGACUUAUCAAAUUGAAGCACAGUCUUCCUAAAAUACGUGAGCGCUGGAGCUAGGGCUAAAACUUGUUUUACUUUCUCCAGGCAUUUUUUUAUAAUUUACGAUUACAAGUAAUCUCUGGACACUUACUGCUCUGUGGGGGUUGGCAUGCCCUGAUCGUGCUUGGAUUAUCUUCAAGACCCUCUGAAGAUACAGCUAGGCUCAUGUAGAUGACUUCCUUCUGCCUAAUUAAGAGACCUGCUACCCCAUUUAAAUCUGGAAACGCUUGUGGUUUUGACCAUACUCACAUGUCUGAUGUUCAGUCAAAAUUUUAUCUGUACCACUUUGUUACUCAAGUAAUUUGUUUAUUUCUACUGGCAAAUUUCUGAUGAGAUCAAAAUUGAAAGAGCUGUCCCAGUUUUCCCUCGAAAUUUAUCGGUUAAAACAAUUCUUGAAAAUUAAAACGGCCGUUAAAACAACCGAGCCAGGUGUAUGACGGUUUUGUUUUCUUACGGUUUUGCGGCUAGGCAACUGCGAAAGCCAAACCGAUUUAGAAAGAAAUAUCGCCAAAGCAAGAUUACACUUCGCUUAGCGAUUCUCUUGGGAGUCACUCGCGAUGCGAAUUCCGAAAAAAUUAUAAACGUCGCAUACGCGACGGCGACUGGUAAUUGGAAUGAGUGUCAAAUCUACUUAGAAGCCUUCUCCCAAAUCGUCGCCCGCCCCCUAUGUAGAUAUGAAACUCAUUCCAAGAGUAAACUCGGAAUAUUUGAGACCAAAAUGGCCGCCCUUAAUGCAAAGCGCUGGAUCUAGACGAUCUUUUGGAAACAUAGGGCCUGUGAACAGUCUAUCGAAGGGCCUUAGGUCUUUCUGAACUACUGGAGCGUAGCUGCAUUUCGAAGAUCUCUAAAGUAGAGACUAUAGUUGUAGUGUGGAGUAUAGGUAUCGGAUAGGUGUUCAUACUUUACCGAAUUGCUUUUCACGUCGGCAUGAAAAGCAAUCCGGUAUAGUGUGAACAUGGCCCAAGUCUAAAAAUGUUGCACUUUUUCAUAGCCUGAAAUAAUAUUGAUUUUAUAAUUGUCCCGGGAUAACAAGUUUUUUCAACACGCGGAUAUUUCUAUUCCCCAUUGGUGAAAUAGGUGGAUAAAAUCUUCGAAUGUUCUCGAUCUUUUACGUAAAACGUGUUUGCGUUAGUAGUUUUUAAAGGAAGUUUGGAAGAAUAUGAGGGUCUGGUUGGGGGGCUACAAAUGUCAGUUGUCAGUUAAAAUUUUGGCCGUUUGUCAGUUGUCAGUCAAUUGGCUGUUAAUAAUUAAUUAAGUAAUUUGGUUAUUUCUUUUUUAUCCAAAAUUUAGCUCAAAAGGUACAAUAAAUGUAAAUUGUAUCACUAAUUCGAAAAUUGCCACACUAAUAACCUUUUUUUUUACAAAUUUGGAGUUGAAUUCAUUACAAGCGGCUUUCUAUCGUUACUCUCCUGCUUGCCCGAGCAUAACAUUCUCUCUAACCCUUAGACCCUUAGCUCAUCAAAAUUCACCUUCAAAAUAUUUGAAGUAUAUGGUGAGAAAGACAGACAAAUAUCGGAAGAGUUCUUUCUUUUUUUGUUCGUUUGAUUUGAUUGGGUAUUGUUUGUCAAUGGCUCAAUUGUGAUUGGCUGGGAUGAAGUGAUCAGGGAAUAUUGCACUCGCCCAAACAGACGCGUUGGGAAGAGAGUAACAAACAAAAUAUGUUUUCUCCUGUGAAACAUGAAACAUGUCUACUAUAAGCAUACCUUACAAAUCAAGUCGAAAAUGGGCACGUAUUGGCCUCCCAGAUCUUGAAAUGGUAACAGGCGCAAUAUCUUGGUUUCUAUAAUGUUUUGGUUCUUAGCUGAUGUACUGCGUGUUUUAAUGUAUGAAUUUACAUACGAUCAACCGACACCACUAAAAUCUGACGUGCAACGAUCCCUCCAGGAAAGGUGUCGAGAAGCAAGCACACGCGGUGCAUUACGUGAAAACAAGAGCGAAAAUAUUCUGAAAGCGUAGCAGUACCCAGAAGGUUUUCCGGACUAACUUGCAUGCUUAUAUUUACACCACUACAUGAAACAAAUACACAAGCACUAAGAAUACAUACUGUUCAUUUCGCUUCCUGAGUCAUCCAGCAUACUUGGAAGCUCCAGCUUCCACUGGUCGUCCGUUGUGAUGGCGAAGUUAUCACUUUUCCCGUCCGGUUUCGGUGCCAUCCGAUAAAGCUUCAUAUCGGAAUCUCCAAGGCCGUAUUUAAUUGUUAGUUCCUUCAGACCAAGGAAUUGAAUAAGGUGCUUUUUGAGAGCAUGUACUGUAUUUAAGUCAUUUAUCGGAAUACGGCUUCUAUGUCUUUCGAAUGCCGUAUCCGAAUUAACGCGGUAAAAGCUUACAAUCGCUUUAGUAACGCCAGCAUUGGCAGCCAUCAUGUAAACUGGCGCGUGCUCGGGACUGCUCAGCGUGAGUUUGUAAGUUCGAGAUCAGAGGUGAAAAUUAUGACCCUGAUGUACAUGGGUCAUACAGUAAAUUAUUAACGAAAGACCUAAUAUAAAACGUGCAUUUGUUUGACGAAAAGAGUAAAACAUUGUUAUUUACAACGGGUUUUGAAGGAUAUUUAGGGCAAUAAGAUUUUUUGUCAGUUGUCAGUAAAACGCUCUACAAAUGUCAGUUGUCAGUUAAAGGCAAGACGUGCGCAGCUACUUAGGUCUCACGUUUUUUUAUGAUUUUACCCUACCUUAACCCUCCAAAGGCUGCAAAAAAUGUUUAAAUAGUAAUAGUGAUUAUUUUUAGGGUGGCCUUUUUUAACGCACUGUUUCCACUUUGUAAUGGAUGCAUGGAAGCCUAUGAAUGUAACCUAGUGCUUGCAGGUUACAGAAGGAUUAAUAUGAUAAAGACAUUUAGGAAAUUGAAGUAUUAUUCAGAUCCUCGGUGCUCUGAGUAAUUCUAAAAGUAAUAUAAUUUUUGCUUAGCUCCAUACACUUCAUUAAAAGUAAGAGUCUAUUUGAUUCCGACGCAUUAUGCUUCCUCUUUCACCCUUCUCUAUCAGUCCACCUCCAUCCCAAAUAAACUGCAGGUAAAGUUACACUUAUACGCAAACCCACUCGAUUAUGACUCCAUACGACCAGAGGUACUGGUUUUGAGGACUUUUUUAAGAGAGAGAACAAACGCUUGGCUGCAGGUUCAACAGAAUAUUAUAACUAUCGUGUUCCCAGGGUAAAAAUCGCUGAGAGCAAACCUUCGAAACAUUCGGAGGCGGCGAACGAAAGCAAUUGGGACAGAACUGCAGUUACUGUAACCCGGGCCUUGUAAUAACCUCUGGCAUCCUUGUUUGUUGCUUGCAUCAGAUCUACUUGUAGUUAAUUUUUGUAAAAUCACAGUUUUAUACGUGUGAAGGUUCUACUGAUUUUGUGUAAGGUGGAACUGAGAUGUGUACUUGUGCUUAUUUCUGUCCUUUAAUUUUAUUAGGAUGAGAGGUGUGGAAGUGGAACUGGUAAAUUGAAAGGAGAGCUCCUCUUUGUAUGUAAGAGAGAUCAUGCACUUUUUGUUGAUAUUGAAACUGUUAUACCAGAGAAAGACUUUGAUCACGAUCCUGACAAAGAUACAACUUCACCAGACAGGUCAAUAGGUUAUGAUCCUGAUAGACUUUCAGGUAGGUUUUUUUUUAAAAAGGUCCAUGGAUACUCUCUUUAUGAAGGGUUUGUUGGUUUGAAUCCUCAUAAUGCUGCAAAUUCCACUUUUAGGACUUCCUACUAUUUCGCCUUAAAUUAAUUUCCACCUGUUUUUUUUAGAAACAAACAAUUAUCGUAUAAUAUUGUCGUGCCCAAAAUACAAUUCAGGAGGCCAUCAAUUAUUGCCUGCUUGAUAUGCGGGGGCUCGAAACUAUCUCCGUUGAAUAUCAUGUUAUUUGAACAAGAUAUAAAUCUUCUUAGUAAAAUACAGCUGGUGGUCUAUUAACAAUGCUGCGUUUUGAUUGGCUGAGCUACUACUAGGCUAUAUGUUAUAGCCCACUAGUAGCGAAAAGCGCCGCUUUUGGGCGGCAAAAAAGGAUUUAAGUCUAGCAUUAACUAGCUAAAGUUGUUUUGUCUCGAUAUUUUUGACCACCUAGUUGGAUUUUACUAAAGCAAUUAUUCCUCGAGCCCGUAUGGCCGCUUUUAACUGCAAUGCACUCUUCUCGUAUAAUUGAAUGAUUCAUUGUGUUUUUGGAAACCUUUACAGGGCAAGACCACUUACGCGAAACGAACGAACAAGCUUCAUUACCAGCAUUAAAACUCACGAGACAAGACUUACCAACGACGUCAAGAGAGAUACAGCGGCAUAAUGAAAAGUUACAGAGGGAAUUUAGGGAGAUACAGGAACGUGAAGAAGUGUUACAGAGGCGGUUAAGGGAAAUGCAGGAAAGUGAAGUAGAAUCACAAAGGCAGUUGCGAGAGACGCAACAACGCGAAGAACAUUCACAAAGGCAGUUAAGAGAAGUGCAGCAACGCGAAGAAAAUUUACAAAGGCAGUUGAGGGAGAUUCAGCAAAGUGAAGAAAACUCACAAAGGCAGUUAAGAGAAGUGCAGCAACGUGAGGAAAAUUUGGAAAGACUAUUGACGGAGAUGCAACAACGCGACGAAAACUCACAAAUGCAGUUAAGAGAGAUGCAGCAACGUGAAGAUAUUUUGCAAAGGCAGUUGAGGGAGAUGCAGCAACGCGAAAAUUCCCAAGAACAAAAUUCCUCUUUAGAAAGACAGCUUAGAGAAAAAGAUCAGGAAAUAAAUGAGCUAGAGUUAAGUCUCUCGUUGGCUCAGCGAAGAAUAAGUGAACAGCGACGACAGGAAACGUGUGACUGGGUCAUUUCCCGCAACGAAAUUCAAAUUACAGAUAAUUGUCUAGGGAGGGGAGGCUGGGGAAGCGUCAAUGAAGGCACCUACUGUGGCUGUACUGUGGCAGUGAAGCAAAUCCACGACCUGAUUCUGUCUCCUCACAACCGGCUUUUAUUUGAAAGAGAAAUGAAUAUAGCUUCAGCUUGCCGCCAUCCCUCUCUGCUGCAGUUUAUCGGCGCUACAAAUGAUGAGGGAACUCCUCUGUUUGUUACCGAGCUCAUGGAGAUGAGUCUGCGAGCUUUGUUGGAACAGCGGCCGCUUUCCGAAACAGAAAUACGCCUCAUUUCUCUGGAUGUAGCUCGUGCGCUGAAUUACCUUCAUCAGAAGAAACCAUCACCAAUCAUUCAUCGGGAUGUCAGCAGUGCUAAUGUGUUGCUAUGGCGAAAGGGUGACCAAUGGAGAGGCAAAGUGUCAGAUUAUGGCACUGCUAAUUUCAUACAGCAGACCAUGACAGUGGCUCCUGGAGCUGCCAUUUACUGCGCACCUGAAGCACAUACAUCAAACCAAACAGUCAAGGUUGGUCGUCAUCAUCGAUUUCAGGGCCCAGUUUUUAAUAACUAUAUCAUAGCAGGAGAGAAUGAGCUAAGAGAGCGAAUCCCUGUGCCUCAUAAAAAUUGUUUUAAAUCUAUUUUAAACUUCGCGCCCGUGCUGGGAAGGGUAGUUUUGUCUGUUGUUUUCGUGACCCGCGCGGUCUACUUUCACGUGAACGAGACAUGUUUCGCCGCCAAGCAUUUGAAGUUCGACAGCCGUUACAGUAAUUAGCGCGCUAGAGGUUUAAGUUGUUGACAUCUUUUUGAUCUGCGUGUUCCCCUCAUGAUUUAGGAAUGAAUUUCAUUUACACGAGAUUGCAGUAUUUAAGUCAAUAUUUCACUUAAGAAUUAAAUAUUGAGAUUUUCUAACGGCUCGUAGCCCCAUGUAAAGUAAAGAUCAUUGAAUACUGACUCAACCUGAAAGCCAAAGGCAAAAGUUAUCACACGCGAAAUACGAAACCUUUAAUAAGCGGCCUGCUUCAUUUGUUUAUGUAAGUAUACGAGAUAUUUUUUCUCUUUUUGCCAAGAAUGUUUCUCGUUCAGAAACAGUACGUUUGCUUUUUUCUUGAGAGUUUCAAACUGCAUUACUUCUUCUUAACUUCUAAUACUUGCGAUGAAUAUUUCGCUGUGCGAACACAAAUCAGGUUAGAUGCUUCAAGCUGUUAAAUAGUCACUAACCUGGAUGCCAGAGACUUUUGAUGCACGUUUUCAGGUUUCGGUCAAUUCUUUAUAUUGAGCGGUGUGCCUACAUUUUGUCUAGCGCCUUCUCUAAAUUCAAAUGUUUGGCAGCCAAACAUGUCAUGUUUGAACACUCUUUUCUCGUUUCGUGUUCACUUAUUACGGUGGCCCAAAAGUGUCACGGCAACCUCAAUUUGACUGUGAAAGGUUUGAACCCAGGAGUCAUUUCAAGAGUAGGUUGAGUUUGAUCGUCCGGGUGAACGUAGUCCUGAAUAGGACUGUUGUUAUUAACAGUGACUGACGUUUCGACAAGCUAUGCAGUAGUCAUCUUCAGGGUCAAAGUGAGUUGUAUCACGUCAGUUGAUGGUAUUAUACUCUGGUUAUUGAUCUGAUUGGUCAAUUACUUCGCGAUGUUAUUGGUCGUCUGUCAAUUUGACUCGCGGCAAUUUCAAUUUGUUCACAGCAAUUUCAAUUUAUUCACGGCAAUCUCAAUUUUGUUCACGGCAAUUUCAAUUUACUUACGGCAUUUUCAAUUUUACUCACGGCAGCGAUUACGCAUUUUUCGCUUCGCUCACCACCUGUCAGCUACGGCGGCCAACAAACGCGAAAUUAAAAUUCGAUAUUAAAAGUCGAUAUUUAAGGUAAAUCUUCAAAGUGAAAAUCAAAAAUCAAAAGUCGAAUUACGAACUUGGGGGUGGGUGGGUGGGGGAUAUUUAUAUGAGACUGGGACGAACUCAGACCGGCAUGACGGCAUGAGUUCGUAUCGGUCUCCAAACAUUUCUUUUCAUGCGCUUACAUGGGACCGGCCUAAGAAUGAACUCAGUCUGGUCUGACUUCAUCUCGGUCGCUGACCCAACACGAGUUACAGCUCUCGUACCGGUUUGAGACCUUACCGUUCACAUGUAAAACAAAAAACGAAUCCCAAACCGGGUCCAUAAAUAGCACGUUUCUUCGUAUGAUUCCACCUUUUUUGCUUUUUCUUAGCAAAAAUAGAAACAUUGCUACCUAUAACUCAGUAAACAAGACUGAGAAGUAGCUUCAAUGCUUGGUUUAAUGUGAGGGAUUGCAUCGAUUUGAGAUGUUGUGCAAUAUUAACAGGCCAUCAGAUGAGUGUUAUAUAGAGCUUAUAAUUUUCUGGGAGUAGUGAACUCUCCGGUUGUCUACUCACUGGCUACUGGCAUAAGUGUUCGUAAAUCGACUUUUGAUUUUUGAUUUUCACUUUUCACUUUCAAGAUCGACUUUAAAUAUCGACUUUCGAUUUUGCGUUUUGACUUUUGGUGGCCACUGUCGUCCGCCGUAGCUGACAGGUGGUGAGCGAAGCGAAAAAUGCCGUGAGCUAGCCGGGUUGCCGGGAAAAAAAUUGAAAUUGCCGUGAGUAAAGUUGAAAUUGCCGUGAGUAAAUUGAAAUUAUCGUGGGCAAAUUGAAAUUGCUGGGAGUAAAAUUGAAAUUGCCGUGAGUAGAUUGAAAUUGCCGUGAACAAAUUGAAAUUGCCGUGACACUUUUGGGCCACCGUAACUUUUGGAAGAGACAGUUGACAAUAUUGUUGGUUGUUUAUAUACUGAUGUAGCGAAGACCACGUUACGCAAUUUUCGUCGCUUUCUCCGGCAUACUUCCGAAAACCAGGACCGUUUUCUUGGUAGCUUGCGUAGCAGGCGCUUGGAAGUAGUGGGCACAAGAAAAAACGAGCGCGCGAGAAGAAGACACGCGAGGGGAGGGCGUGUCUCCCUUGCACGCGCCCGUUCUCUCUUUCGCCCACUACUUCCAAGCGCCUGCUACGCAGUCUAUUUUGUUGGUUGGCAGCUACUCUGGCCAGAUUUUUCCUCGUAGAAAUCUUUCACUCGUCCAAGAAAGUAAUACUAAGUUUAUACGUCAUAUUUCUUGCUGUGCGUGUUCUGCACUGAAUGAAUUACUCGCCAAGUUUAAAAUUACAUGACGCCACUCUAACCGACCAAUAAGGUGGCGUCCUUAAAAUAACCACGCAGUAUGACACAGAACCAAGAAUAGGUUGAAAAUCAUUUUCAUGGGAAAAGGGUCAUGUAUGUGGGAUUCGAUCUCUUAGCCCAUUAUCUCUUUAUCGCAAACAGAGUGUGUGACUGUGACCACUGUGUGUAUCCUGUUUGCUGCAGCCUGCGUUGCAGACACUCUAAGCCGCCGGUAUAGAGCGCCUUCGAAUUAGUGCACAAUAUCAUGCUUCAAUCCAACAGAGCCGCAAAGACAUAUGUAAGUGUUUUUGAUCUGCUAGUGUCUUACGCAGUUAGUGAUUUGUUCCGAAAUUUGUUAAAAAGUGUUGACAGGCCAAACACCAUUCAUAGCUCGCGACGACAGUGUGUACAUGACCUUAGUAUUAGGUUGAACAACAGCGAGGCCCUAUUAGGGUAAAAUUCCGACAAGUGACAUGGCCUUGACAUAAGGCAAAUGAAAUGGCGACAAACGACACAAGGAUGAGUUGAAUGUGUCUGAUUCGGUCUGUUUUGUUUUUCUUGAGAUAAGCGAGUCUUUGGACUGAAGCGUUAUGUCCUUAGUUCUUGUAGUUUCGCCGUUGGUGAUGACUUGUUUUAGAUGGGCAAUGCAUCUGCAGCGUAGAAGAAACUGGAAAAUCAAAGAUUGUCCGGAACCAGUCGGAAUGUGUUUACAAACACGUUCAGGCCGUCAAGGAAUAUUCUCUUGAAGUAUUUUCCUGUUCAGAAAAAACGGUUUCACGUCCGAACCGCUCUUUCACUCUUUCAACGCUCUUUCCCAGUUUUCGACAUGCCUGCAUUUAACCGUCUCGCAAACGUAACAAUUGGACCAAUCGUAAGGCGCGUAAGGAACCCGUCUAUCAGAAACGCUCACAUAUAUCCUUACGACUCUGCUGGAUAUCAGAACGAGCUUUUGUGCACUUAUUCUCAGACGGCCUCAGUAUACCGAUGGUUUAGAAGAUGUCUGGGCCGGUUACAACGCAGGCUCAGUGUUCUGCUGAUGUAGAGUAUAUGCAGUAUGUAACUGAGCUAGGUAGUCCUUUUACAUUUAUGGGGUUCUUCUGACGUAAUCUUAUUUGAGCGUCAAUGGAAAAAUGCUGUAUCAAAGGUGUAUCAAAGCUGAUAAACUAUUGAAUUGAUCUUAUCUCAUUUUCGCCAACAGGAUGACUGAAUAUGAGAACCUUCGUAGCAACAUCAGUUAAUAUUUUAAUUUAAAACGUGUUGGAAGUGUUUACUUUUUUCUUAUUUUCCUUUAGCUCGAUGUUUAUAGCUUUGGUGUUUUAUUGUGCGAAAUGUGCAUCCGGGAACUUCCAAAUGCUGAAAAUCGCGAAGAGCAAGUUUUGCUGAUGACGAGCCGCGUGUUGAGAGGCCUGGUACGGCGAUGCCUGCAGACAGACCCUGAAGCGAGACCAAAUAUGCAGGAGAUAAUCGAUGAAUUAUCAAGAGCUGUGUAACGUCUAUCAAGUAUUCUGUGAGAACUUUCGCAAUAGAAUUGAAUUGGUAAUUUUUUCUCUGCUCGAAGUCGUGUCUUAUCGUUUAUUGUGAAAUUGUAGUUUACAGAAGUAUUUAAUACUAGAAGAAAAUUACUCAGGUUAAAAACCAACAACUUUUUAGGUAUAGCGAGAUCUUCUCUUUAAAAAUUUAGUAAUGAUGCCCAAAAGCCAUACAGCUGUAUAUUAUAUCUUUCUCAUUUACCAAUGUGGGUAAUAGCAAAUGCUUGUUUUGGAUUAGCCUUGUGGGAAAAAAAAAACGUUCAUGAGGUCUGAGAGAAGAUCGCUAAGACAUCAGUUCUCUAUCCUAAGCUUGCUCAGUUCUUUUUGAUGGCCGUUACAUCCGUACUUUUUUCGGAUUGAAAGACCUCUAAGAAUUUGACUAAAAAACUAGUGUUACAAAAAAAAAAAGUGUUUUUUACAUAUGUAAUACGUUACUUAUAAAUAUCUUUUUUUACAUUUAUUCAGACCUUACUUUCUUCCGCGGGGGAAGAAGGUCAUACACACAAAGUACAAAAUAUUAACUGAAGAGGCGUGUAGACAUGGCGCUUAUUACAAGCAGUGGAAUAUACAAUUAAAUACGUGUAGCAGUUCACAGCACGGAAAACUCGAGGUCGAGAAGACAUUUGUUAUUGAGUUUCUUAUGACAGUAGUUUAGUAAAAGCCAUUAGAUAUUUGUAAGUAAACUUUCCUAAUUAUGUAAUUAAAGGUGAGAAAGCAGACACGACGACUACGUGUUUCUAAAUCUGUGAACGCCGAACAGACGGAUCAUAGGAGGGUACCUAAAAAAAAUAUUAAUACAUUUUUGAAUAUCCCUGGAAUUAAGGUGGCUCCGUAAUUAAUACAAGAGCAUUUAACUGUGACAAAUUUUCCGUCAUAACUUUUUGGUUUUUAACGCGAUGGCUGCGAAACUUGGCAAAGAACAACAGAUAUCAUUCGGCAAUAACACAAAAUAUUCCGAUUUCACUGACGGUAAAUAUUUCUUGAGAAAUUAGUGCUUAAAAGGACCCUACUGUUCAAAGAAAAUCGCGUCUAGUAAAAAAUUUUGCUGAUAUUUUUUACUGAAAUUUCUGGUAUCGGCUUUAAUUGAUAUAAUAAAUAUGCCAGAGGAAUUUCAGAAAAAUCGUUGGAGCAGAAGUCCGUAACUAAAAGUCGGUCAAAAUUCAGCUGUGAAAUUGUUUUGGAAUUUCAAAAAUAAAUUACUAUCAGGUAGAAGGAGCCACCAGUUUGAAUUUUCGGGACAGGUAAAUUCAACGCUUGCUAAUUCUUAAAACAAAAGCCGAUUGCCUAUCGUGCUAUUCUUUGAAAGGUACUUUUUAGUUUUAGAAGAACUAUAAAUUGCUCCAAACUUUGCUCUGAAGUAGAAUGACUUGUUCGUCGACAGUUUUAAAAUAUCCCUUGGCAGUUUUGGCUCAAACUCCUGCUGCAUACAUUUUGAUGUAUUGCCGUGCAUUUUCAACGACUUUUACUGCCGUUCGUUGCUUCCAACUCAGGAAAAAAGUAUUGAGAUUGGACGCUACCUCGUAUCAGAGCUCAGAAAGAACUGUCCAGCACCUUUGUUUAUGACUACAAAAUGAGCACGAGCGGCAGUUCUGCGUGGAAUUCGCACCUCACCCAGGGGGGACGAACGACGAUGAUGACCAUGCUUGUGAACCAAAUAACAUCACAGUGCAAAAUAAAAUUAUCGCAAAAUUACUGCCCGUGAAUCAAUUUACAACUCUGAAAUUUUUGUCACUCCUUCCUUCAAUGAAUGGGUAUUUUUUUCUUGAUUAUUAUGUUUUGCUCUGCAAUACAUGUUUAUACAGAUCGGUUCACAGACAUGGGCAUCAUUGUCACUCGUCCCCCCUGGCUGAGGUGCGAAUUCCUCGCAGAGCUGCCGCUCGUGCUCAUUUUCUGGUCAUAAACAAAGGUACUGGACAGUUCUAUCUGAGCUUCGAUACUAGGUAGCUUACAAUCCCAAUACCUUUUUCCUGAAUUGGAAACAACGUAAAGCAGGAAAAGCCGUUGGGGAUGCUUUGCAAUACAUCAAAAUGUGUGUAGCAGGAGUUUGAACCAAAACUGCCAAGGGAUAUUUUAAAAAUGUCGAGGAACAGGUCAUUCGAUGUCAGAGCAAAGUUUGGAGCAAUUUAUAGUGCUUCUAAAAACUGAAAAUUACCUUUUAAAGAAUAGCACGAUAGGCAAUCGGCUUCUGUUUUCAGAAUCAGGAAACACACUGAAGUUGCUUGUCCCGAAAAUUGAAACUGGUGUCUCCUUCUUCCUGAUAGUAAUUUAUUUUUGAAAUUCCAAAACAAUUUCACAGCUGAAUUUUGACCGACUUUUAGUUACGGACUUCUGCUCCAACGAUUUUUCUGAAAUUCCUCUGGCAUAUUCAUUAUAUCAAUUAAAGCCGAUACCAGAAAUUUCAGUAAAAAAUAUCAGCAAAAUUUUUUACUAGACGCGAUUUUCUUUGAACAGUAGGGUCCUUUUAAGGGCUAAUUUCUCAAGAAAUAUUUACCAUCAAUGAAAUCGGAAUAGUUCGUAUUAUUGCCGGAUGAUAUCUGUUGUUAUUUGCAAAGUUUCGCAGCCAUUGCGUUAAAAUCGAAAAAGUUAUGACGGAAAAUUUGUCACAGCUAAAUGCUCUUGUGUUAAUCACGGAACCACCUUAAGUUUAGUGGCGUUUCAUUAAAAGAUCAGCAAGUCAAAAAGUGAUAUACGAUGUAAGAAUUUCAGUCUCAAAAAAGCUUUAGGCUUGAUAGGGGAGGGGGGGGGGGGGAAAUUUGGAUCCUCCCCCUGGAUCCGCCACUGAUAAUUAUGUACUUAUGAAGUAGGACAUACGUAUGAAAUAGACUGUUGAGAGAAGACAAGUAUAAAUAUUGAUUAUGAAGUGUUUUAGGAUGUACAAUUAAACCUGCGAAGCAGUAAGCAAUUAUAAUAAGAGUUUCCUAUUCAAUAGGUUAUUUAUAAAAUCGAUUACAUAUCAAUCCAGAUAUACAAAAUUUGCGAUUUUUUUGUGAUCAUGCGAACGAAUAAAGUUAAAAGAAUUCUGCGGAUAAAAGUUACAUUAACGAAUUCACAAUUCAAGUUUGGAUAUUUUCGGCGUCACUUGGCUUUGCGAAUUUUGCUAAAAAUAAAGUUGACGAAUUUUUGCAAUAUCAUCUUUAAAUAAGAGUAUAAAGUACAAUGAAUGAUAUCUCCGAAUGAACACGAAAUGUUGAGAGGAAACCUAUUAUUGUAGUCUUUGUUCAGUUUAUUCAACGUCAUUUAGUUUGCGACUGGGGAUCAAUUUUACUCCAAGUUUUCUCUUUUCUUUUUUAAUAUUGCUUUUCAUAAUUUGGUCAGUGAAGGUUAUUGAAAUUAUGUGUAAUGACUUAAUUUGCUGUAUUACUUCCCAAAAUUUUUAAUGAUGGCAUGUUACAUAUUGUAAAGACCGGGUUACAAGGCCUCCUGUAAUUUAGGGGGUCUCUGGGGCAUGCAUACGUUCACAAAAAAUUGAAAACCAAAUUCUCAGAAUCGUAAUUUCUAACAUUCUGAGGAUUAAAUAAUAAAGUGAUAGCAGUGUUAAGGACCGUUUUCAUCACGAUUUUUUCUAUGGGUAAAGCGGUCUUGCCUUUAGACUGCAAAACAGCCCGUAUUCUUGCGUAUUCAAGGAAGCGCGAGCAGUCAAACAAAAGGUCUGGAACGAGGCUGAAAACGGGGAGUGAGACUGGGGAGAGACGCUAAAAAUAAGGUUUUUUUGUCUCGCCUCACACGCCCUACGGGCGUGAGGCUCGCGCGCUUCGCACGCGUAAGACUCUUACGCCACGCUUUACCGAUUUCUUUACUGAUUUUGAGGAAAAAAAACCGACUUUUUUGCAGUCUAUCUUGCCUUCGUUGUUCAAUGAUGUUUUUUAUUUCCAUUAUAAGUAAACGGCUGUCAAAAAACGUUUUUAAAGAUCUUUAGAUAGAGCGGCAGCGUGGCCAGUUCGAGACCUAAAAAGUAGUGAAAGAAUGCUAGUUCAGCUGUAAGAGAGUAGACUAUAUAUUCUACCAACUUCAACGUUUAAUUCAGCCUAAAAUAACGUUUGGUGCAAUGACUCUCAUUUUCUAAAGCCGGGUCGGCUGAACUGACUGCAGCAGGGCCUUACCCUCUCAGUCCCGUUAUUCUCACUUGAUAAUACGUAUUUCUGCUUUCAGGGAAACUAACAAAUACUUCAAUUAUUGAAAUUUUUAGAUAUUUUUUAUUCCCAGCCUUUUAAUAAAAUAGCUUCUUAGCAUAUAUAUGGAAGAUGCGCGUUUUAAAGACAAACGCAAAACUAUUCGAAAUAACUCAGGGGAGAGGAUGGGCAUCGUCUCGUGGAGGAGUAAACUUGUUGUUUAUGGCAUCACUCAAUGUGUCCAGGACUGAAUGCCAAUAUUUUGUGCUUCUGGACUGGGAAUAAAGAGAGUGUUUAAGAAUAGUAUCUUUAAAAAAAAAAACAAACCCGGGGUACUCCCUAUCAUGGCCUAUACGGGGUGCUCCGCCGGAAAGGGUUACUUUUUUUAGGCUUUAGAUCCAGCUAUUUCGAGAAAGGUUGUAGGAUAAAGUGCACGCGACAACCCCGAAAUGUAUCGAGGGUGGUCUUAAGUUCACUGUUUUUCAAAGAAAUUUCAAAGAAUGGCAGGAGAGGCCAUGGACAUAUGUCUGCGAGUGCUAAAGGAAAGUAACAAAAGUUGGUUCGACAGCUACAGUGUCAGGAACAGUGUAUUGAUCAUAUCCCAUAUUACCUUUCGGGAUUGUCGCGUGCACAUUUUUUCCGACAACCUUUCUCGAAAUAGCUGUAUAAGAAAGGGUAGUGAUUUUACUAGUUGAAGUAUAUUAAAGCGUAGGGAAAUCUGUCAUUUGGGUCUGUUAAAGGGCGCAAUAGAGCUAAUAGAUGAAUGAUAUGGCUUCGUAAAGUCGAGAAAACGUUCUGGUUUCGAGAUAGCCCGUUCACAGACCCUCUUUUUACUCUUCAAAUCCGUCGAGCGCGGGUGAUAAAAUAUAAACCGCUGGGGACUUAUUGACCGCCAGUCCAAGGGGGUGGGAACGAAAAGAAAAAUAAAACAACGUCUGUGUACAGUAGCCUGAAUUUUAUCCGAUUACUUCGAGUAAUUAUUACUCCCUCAGUAACGUCUGAAUUGACCGGCCGUUAAUGCGGUCCAGUGACGUCACUCACUACCCGAAAACCGGGUAGUGAUUUUGAUUGGUUGAAUGUCUAAACAUUCACAUAAUAAUGUAUAAUUAUGAAAAAUUUUAGCGUGAUUGUCGCUUGAUAUUCACCGUAUCGCAGCCUUGGCACUCUUUCGUGUAGUUCAAACAUUUCGAUAAGCUUAAUCUUUAUCUUAAACAGCAAAAUUGCCCUUGUCUUCGAAACUGAAAUGCUAAAUUGAACUGCGAAUGAAGAAUCAUUGCGGAGAGGCGGUAGGUUUUUCAUUUAGAGCCGCUUUGUGGUUUCGGCGGCCGGUGAUUUUGUUUACGCGAAGUUUUCUGAGAUCAAUGUUAUAAUUCGACCUUCUUGCUAUUUUCACCGUCAAGUGUAAUGAUUCUGUUAGCUUUUCUUUCUUGUUUCCUUGUUUUUUUUUCUUCGUUAAGGACAAAAUAGUUUCUUUUCAAUUAAAGCAAAUCAUUGUGUUUUUGAAUUAAGUGUUCCGUGUGUGUGUUUAUUUCAUUACGUGAUCGGGACCGAGUUUGAUUAUAGAAUUGAGUACAACCGGUUCAGAGUUGUACUGCAUGCAGUUGAUCGUUUGAACGUUAAACAUGAAUUACGUUCGAAAAAAAUAAAGCAGUUCUGUAUCAUGCAGACAUUUCCAAACGAUAUUUCUCGGUAAGCCACUUGAAAAUCGUGUGUGACGAUGCGAUGUGAUGUGUGCGUGUGAGGAGAAAACGACUCGAAGCAAUCGGAUGAAUUUCGGGCUAAUCCGAAAUCGGAUUACCGAAUUUUGACAAGCGAAGCAUUUCUCAACCAAAAACCCAAUAAACAAACCAGCCAUGAAUAACAGAAGACUCUUGAUAGCAGCUGUAUUUCAUUUACCCUGCGAACAGAGUCUCCUUCGAUCUUCCUAGAGGAAAAAGAAAGUUAAAAACAUCACAAGUUGACACAAAACUCUGUCAGCUUCAGCUGUCAAAGUAAACAACUUUCAAGAUGCUGCAUAACUUUUCCGCAUGAACUCACCUGUCAAGUUUUGACUAAUCAGAGCAUAAAAAUAGGACGUAGAGCGUGACCCACGCGUGACCAUGGUAAGAAAAGGUCUUCCCCGCCUGUAUUUUUAAAAAAACUGCCUGAAUUUUCGCGUCCGAGGCCAGUUUGAAAUCAAAAUCCUAACAGUGCGGGGCCAUACCUGUGCGAGACAUCAACUUCACACUUGGACUCUUACCCUCCAGAAGACACGUGGUAUGGCGUGAUUCUGUGGGUGUCAAGAGUUCUGGGUCAGGGCUUAAAAUCAGAGUGCGCGGAUAUUUUUCAUCAGAGCUUUCUCUGGUUGUUACGCCAUACUGACGAGCCCCAAAGAGGGCGAAACAGCUGUCUAUGGCUACAAUUUCGCUCUGUUUUGAGUUCUUUCGGUGUCGUGUUGAUGUCUUGCAGAGUUAAUUUUCACGUAGUACGAUCAGCAUUGCAGUAUUCUGCUUGCAGAAUUUAAUAUGUCUACAUAAUUCAUAUGAAUCAUUGGAAAAAAAAACUUGAGAACCUGCGAUCAUUUGAAACUGGUAAUUUGUCAGCGGAUAACUUCAAACAAAUACUCGACCUCGAUGGGUCAACACUUGAGCCCGCGGUACGGUCAGGUGAUACUGAUCAGCGGAUACUCUGUUUGACAGCUGUCAAUUGAUCACAACAUUGAUGUGCAAUAGACAUAGUUUCCUCUUGGGCUCCCAAACUAGCAAGAAAGUAUGAGAGUAAACAGUGGUCCCUGUGCUGCGGACGGACGGUCGAUCGCUAGGUCGGUCGGUGUACGGUCACGUGAUUACCAAAUUUUCUGGGAUGGGUAGAUUUAUACUCAGCUAAACAGGAGGGCAUUUUGUAUGUGCGUGCGUCAGUUUGGUCUGUUGAGGUGCCCCAAAGGCAUUUUCCGUGAAUUGUUUAGGUUCAAUACCAGUAUUUACAGGCUGUUUUCUGGAGCUGAAUGGCAUAUAUUGGGUUCUACGUUCCACAAACGUGUUCUUUAAGGUAUCGAGGCAUUGCUACGAUGAAAUUGAGUUUAUUGUAGCCUCGCUGUCGCCCUUGAGAAGUCAGUCUUUCCUUUCGUAAAACAGUACAUCAAAGACAAGAUGGCGGCUGAAUAUUGUUACGACCUCACAUUUCGCGCACAUUUUCUGAGCAGCAGGAAAAGGUCAGUAUGAUAAUUUUUCGUUUACUAAUAUACAUGAAAAAAUUUCUCGAUUGUGAUUGGUUAAGAGAAAUGCAGUUUUUAGGUAACACGGUGAAGAAAAAAGGUAAUUUAGUGCAGAAAAGUGUAACAAACGUGACAUUCUGAUUGGCUGAUAAACAAAGGAACUCACGGAGAGCCAAUCAAAUCCGCUAUCUAAAUGGCGCAAAUGUUGGAUCCGCUCCGGACCAGUUUCGAGCAAAAACCGGUUGGCAUUUGCAACACAUUUGCUUUUGGGACCGAAACAACUGUAGAGGAGCUGAAAAACUGCUCUAAAAACGAAAACACUGCGAAAAGCACUGGUUUUUGGCUCUCUGUUUGGAAGAAUUGGUGAGUAGAUAAGGAAAUUACUGAUGAAAUAGAAAAUUAUGAGCCGGCUGAGCUUGACACUUUGCUCGAGCAUUUCUACGCCGAAGACAAACAAUAAAAAAGGUGAAGAUUAUGAACCAGAAAGCCUAAAAGUAAUGAUGGCAUCGCUUGAUAGACACUUAAGGAACAAUGGCUGCACCCUGUCCAUUGUACGCAACCGAGAAUUUAGUUCGUCCAAAGAGGUGUUGGAGGACAAAGCGAAACAGCUUCGCUUGGCUGGCCGUGGUAAGCGCCCAAACAAAUUAAGCUCGGCGAGUAUCAGAGGAGGAAGGAGAAAUUCUCUGGAGGAGCGGAAAACUCGAGGUAAUAACCCAGAAUCUUUAAUUCAAACACAUUGAACAAUUCCACGAACUGUUCAGCCCGUUUCUGUAGCUUGCAAACUGUAAAAACAUCGCAGCAUUUGAAUAGUUUAUUAAUGCACGUAGUUUACGCGUGUUGACUCCCUAUCAAAGUGAUUUUAAAGCUAUCUCGCAAUUUUUUCAUGAAUAUUAUAUUAAUAAGUAAUCACAUGAUUUUUCUCGUGCAAUUUGGAAUAAAUAAGCACUCGCAAAUUAUUUCAAAGACCACAAAUUGCACUAACCCGUAGGGCGAGUGCAAUUUUGUUAGUCUUUGAAAAAAUUUACUCGUGCUUAUUUAUUCCAAAUUGCACUCGAAAUCAUGUGACUACCGCGCGCCUGUACAAACAAUUAUCUUAUAGAUAUUUAAUUCUUCUUAAGGUGACUCGACCCAGUUUUUUUGGGCGGGUACCAUCCUACUUUGAAGCUCUCUGGUAUCCCCACCUUUACUUUUAUCGUAAGUCUAACACAUAGAAUGGAUAACAUAUAGAUCAAUCUACAAUAUAACACAAAAUUUUUGGCGAUCGGAAAAAAUGUCACGUGGUUAUAAUGCCACGCCCCUUUUUGGUCUCAGUGGAAAAUCUGCUGUUGUAGGCAUUUUUUCGUGAAAAUCUCUCGGCUACACAUAGUGCGCAUUAGUGCCUUGCGCUGAACAGAGUUUCACCAAAAUCUCAAAGACCGGAUUCGAGAAAUUCAGCGGUUUCCAAAUUUAGGUCAUAAUUUAUGCGAAAAUGAUAAGCAAACUUUACACGGAUUAUAUCUAAUAAACUAUGAGAUCCAUCUCUUUAUUUUGGGCAUCGUGAUAACAGAUGGGUCCUUGCAGGUCAGCAAAACGCUUUAGGGCCUUGUAAAUGAGCCCGAUUUCGAGCAAAGAAAACAUAUAGAAAUUAUAGUUUUCGCUAUUUGUUGACGUUUGUCAGCGUUUUAGAAUCCUUCUCACGAAAAAAGCAUUUUCUUAAAAAUUCGUAGUUUUUUUUGCUUCAAAUUUUUUCAGGGCCAAAAUUGAUUAACUAACUACCCGGACUCUGAAUUUCAUAGUCAUUGAAAAACUGUGUCAUUAUCUUCUAUAAGCCCAAACUUGAGUAAACAUUGAAGAUUUUUAGCGUUUUGGCUGAGUUUGUGCUUUGGGAGUUGUCUAUUGUUUCUAGUCUGUCAUUAUACAGCAUUCUUGUUCAGCACGCGUGCAAUGACCACGCUUGGCUGACUUCCGAAUGCUGACCGAGAUAUUCCCGUCACGAGUUGGUUUAAUUAUUGGCUUGCAUUAAACCUAUGAAAAAAUAUUUUUUUAAUAGUAAGUAGAUUUAGUGUGUAGCACUUCGUGAUUUUUUUGCAAAGGCACAAGAAGCACGAGAAUUGAUUAAAAAUUGUGAGUUAAACCUCUAUGUAUCACGCGAUGGCCUGUCUCACUGUACCAAAAUAUCAAAUCUCGGUGAGCAUUCGGAAGUCAGCCAAGCGCGGUCAUUGAACAAGAAUGCUGUAUCAUGACAGACUAGAAACAAUAGUCAACUCCCAAAGCACAAACUCAGCGGAAACGCUAAAAAUCUUCAAUGUUUACUCAAGUUUGGGCUUGUAAAAGAUAAUGUCACAGUCUUUCAAUGACUAUGAAAUUCAGAGUCCGGGUAGUUAGUUAAUCAAUUGUGGCCCUGAAAAAAUUUGAAGCAAAAAAAACUACGAAUUUUUUAAGAAAAUGCUUUUUUCGUGAGAAGGACUCUUAAACGCCGACAAACGUCAACAAAUAGCGAAAACUAUAAUUUCUAUAUGUUUUCUUUGCUCGAAAUCGGGCGCAUUUACAAGGCCCUAAAGCGUUUUGCUGACCUGCAAGGACCCAUCUGUUAUAACGAUGCCCAAAAUAAAGGGAUCAAUCUCAUAGUUUAUUAGAUAUAAUGCGUGUAAAGUUUGCUUAUCAUUUUCGCAUAAAUUAUGACCUAAAUUUGGAAACCGCUGAAUUUCUCGAAUCGGGUCUUUGAGAUUUUGGUGAAACUCUGUUCAGCGCAAGGCACUAAUGCGCACUAUGUGUAGCCGAGAGAUUUUCGAAAAAAUGCCGGCAACAGCAGAUUUUCGACUCAGACCUCAAAGGGGCGUGGCAUUAUAACCACGUGACAUUUACUCCGAUCGCCAAACAUUUUAUGUUAUAUUGUAGAUUGAUCUAUAUGUUAUCCAUUCUAUGUGUUAGACUUACGAUAAAAGUAAAGGUGGGGAUACCAGAGAGCUUCAAAGUAGGAUGGUACCCGCCCCAAAAAACUGGGUCAAGUCACCUUAACAGUAUAACUCUAAAAUGGAACUUAAUCGUUUCAGGAAUACAGUGGUUAAUUAAGUGUCCAUUUUGCCGUGAAACUACAUUUUCACCCUUUCGCUGGCUUGUUUACCUCAAAAUCUUGCCUUUCUCGCCACAUUAAGUUAAUGAUUAAUGAAACUAAGAAUACUUCCGCAAAUGAAUGGUGCUUUAAUGAAGGCUGUGAAAAAUCGCCUUCUGCAGUAAUUUUAGCGUUCUUUACCGUUACGUCUUCGUUGAGAAAUAAAAUACACGCUCUUCAACUAUAAAUUUAAUUCAGUAUAAUGAUGUCAGUGAUAUUGUGUUUUGAAAAUAAGAAAAUUCUAUCAUUUAGUUGUAGACUGGAAAAAAAAUUACUGCGAUCGGUUCGAAUUCUGAUUUUCUCCACCUUAUUUUGAUGGUACACCGCUUGUUUACAUUUCAUCACACAUAUAAAUAUAGCAUUUAAGCAUUUUAAAGAAAAUCUAGCCUAACCCCCCAACCCCAAAAUAGCACCAAUACACCUUUUAAAUUAAUCCCGGCUUCUGCUGCAAAAAAAUUGCGUGUAUUCCUAAGUAAUGCCAUUUUGUGGAUACUACAUUUGUUGAUAUGCUAAUUUGUGAAACAUUUUAUUCACAAAGGAUGUUUACUGAAACCAGCUUCUCCUCUGUAUUGAACCAAAUUCUUGUUAAAUGCAUCAGUAUCUGCUUGAUAAUUCUUCCCGUAGGGUUCUAUGUAGGUUCAUCUGGAUACUCUAAAAAUCUCUCAAUAGAAACAGUAAUAGACAAAUUCACCCAUCUAUUUUGUGUCAUGUUUGUUGUUGCAUCCCAAUUCAUUUGGGUCCUUUAGCAGUAGUAUUUCUUUUUUGAGGAAACAGCAUUAUAUGCACCCCUCUAACAAACUUCCUGUCUUAUGUUUUAACAGGCUCUGACGGUGAACAAACAUCGUAAGUUAGAUUUAUGGAGUGAUGGCCAUUCUCUGUUUUGAACGCAUCACUAUAACUGUCAUCAAAUAUAAAUUAAUAAUAAGAAAUCGAUUGUGGAACACAGUAGCCGUUACUCAAGAGUCGUUUCAAAAUAGUAGCUUAAGAAAAAUUUCUGUAUUUUUUAGAGUUGAAGGAAAAUAAAAGUAUUUUUCGUUUUUUGGGGGUGCAUUUUUUUGUCUGCAAGUGAGCUUAUGAAAAUGCUCAUGAUCGCAUUAGUACAUAAUCACUUGUACUUGUUGCUGUCUCAGAGUCAAUCCAUUCUUCAUUUCCCCAAGAAUAUUUUUUAAUUUGUAUUUUCCGCGAAAACUUUCGAAAAACUGUAAAAAAAAAAUACCCAUAGAUUUCAUUUUUUGGUGGCAUAUAUAAACACGUCUCUCCGCGAUCAGAUUUAAUAACACGAGACAUUGCGCUAAUAAAUAAACCUCGCGUAGUAAAUUUUUUUCGCUUUUCUUAAAGUAGCUGAACAUUGCUACAAUGCAUUUCUUCCGUGAUAAGUAAACCAUGAGUUUGGAAAUCAAACCAUUCAAAUGCAUUGUUUUCAGGUGAAACUCGGAUCUGAUACGGGAACAGUGAUUUUUGGCGUUGAGUAUUUUAAGUCUUUAAAAGGUCAAGAAAACCUAGCUACUGCUGAAAAAUCUGCUACUGAAAACCCGCGUAGAAAACGUCCGAUUUUUGUCAUGGAUAACUUUUUUUUUUUUUUUGGAAAGUACGGUAUUCAAAGCACCGACGAAAUGACUUUGAAAAGGGCUGAAACACGCAAAUGCCCUUCUGUUUACUCAGCUAUGGGGCUCAGCCCACGCGCCUCGCGCCGCGCGUGUAGCUCCUCUAUUUCGGUAGGAUGAGAGCCUGGGGACGAGGUGCACUUCCAAUAAACAAAAUGGCCGACUGGCUCAGUCGGCUCAGUCGGUGGGGAUACACACAGAUUUGUGUAGUAUAUGGAACCGUCUCAUGGCCCGGUGAGGGUGAUGAGGCGGGAGGGUUACGACUUUGGUAUCAUGAGAGGAGUAACGUUUCCUACAUUUCUGCCAGCAAGACAUCGGGAGGUUACAAGUUGGUAUGUGAGUUAUUGGUGUUUUACUCUUUCACUUCCAAGAUUGCACUGACAAAAUCAAAACGUUAUUAACAAAGAAGUCCAAAUUUCAUUUCGUCCAAUACUUAAAACAAAUGGUACCAUGAACUGAGGCUCAAGAGUAAGAACUGAACUCUGUGGAUCCAUAAUUGACUCUGGUGUCUGGGAGUGAAAAGGUUUUUUAAAUUUUACACUGUGUCUAGAUACCCGGCAGCCGGGAACUGUUUUCAAAAAACUAGAUACACGGCAGUGAGAAAUUUUGACCAAUUUUCUCGGAAUACCUCGUUUAAUUCCUCUUAGAACACAAGAUAUUUGUUUAGAAAUCUCAAGUGAUGUGUAAAUAUUGCCUUGGGUUAAAAGUAGAAGCGACUGUUGAGUUUGGGCAUAGAGUGAAAUCUCCAUGUGUUUGAUAAUUAAGUAAAGUUCUCACACACUGAGUCAACUCCCGAUGAAUAUGUCCAUAGAAAUUAUCAACGAAACCUCACCAGAGUAUUUAGUGUUUGUUCAGAAAUGCCAAGCGAUUCUAAAUAAAGGUUUUGUAUAAUUUGUUGUGGACAAAUUCUCCAAGCUUGCAUUUAGCAUAUUCUUUAAAAUCUUGACUCACGGGUACGGUUUUCAAAAUACCUACUAGAUUCAAGGCAGUCGGAAAUUCACGUACAAUUUGCACGAAAAAUCUCAUUUAAUUUGUGUAAUAACAUCAGGUAGUUGUUAAGAAAAAACAAGUGAUUUCAAACACUACUUUGGGCUUGAAGUAAACGCAACUGUCGAGCCUGGGCAUAGAGUGAAAUCUUUAUUAGUUUCGACACAGUGUAGUAUUUGCGUCAAGCAACUGAAGUGCUACACUGGAGUUUGAAGGGCACUCUUCUGCUGAGUUGACAGACUUAAGGUUCUUUGUAACUCUCAGAGGAACAUUUCUAGAGGAUAUCCGGUAAGACUAUAGACUCUUUAUACUUUACAUAGAAAUCGAGUAGACUUAGCAGAUGCCGAGAAAAGGUUUUCGUGAAAGUACAGUGAGAAUUUCCAACUGCAUCUAGUAUUUUGAAAACCGUACCCUGAGUCAAGAUUCUAAAGAAUUUAUAUGCAUAUACAAGCUCGAAGAAUUUGUCCACAACAAUACAAACCUUUAUUUAGAAUCGCUUGGCAUUUCUAAACUAUCACUAAAUACUCUGUUGAGGUUUCCUGGAUUUCUGUGGAUAUUUAUCGGGAGUUCACUCAGUGUGUGAGAACUUGAAUGUUUUCUAAGUGUCGAAAACAUUGAGAUUUCACUCUAUGCCCAAACCCAACAGUCGCUUCUACUUUUAACCCAAGGCAAUAUUUACCAUUGUUUGAAAUUCCUAAACAAAUAUCUUCUGUUCUUAGAGGAAUUAAACAAGCUAUUCCGAAAAAAUUGGUCAAAAUUUCUGACUUCCGGGUAUCAGUUCAUUCUAGUUUUUUGAAAACAGUUCCCGGCUGCUGGGUAUCUAGACACUUCCUUUAAAAUAAUACAAACAAUUUCAAUUAACAAUUAUACCAAACCUUCUUUUUAUUUAAAAAUUUAUGCUCAUUUAUGUGGUUAUUUACUCACUUUAAUGUAUCCAUUUAUUAUUUUAUAUGCUUUGUUCUUCAUUAAACGUAAGAACCUGUGGAUUAAGAACCUUCUGGCAGAAAUUUACCACUUUAAUAUACCCAAAAAUACAAGAACCUGUGUAGCCAAGGAAGAUCAUCAUUCUAAGUUAAGCAUAAAUUACAAUAAACAAUUUAACAAAGGCAGGUAACUAUAAGUUGUAAUGCAUCAGUCAAUUCAACCCGCGUCAUUAGAAUCAAUAGAAUCCUAGUGCUAUUACAAAGGAAGAUGUUAAAUUGAAACAAAAAAUCACACAUUAAAAUGCUUAAAACGGCACUAUUCGACUGUGCGACCAAUGUAAAAUGUUGCAGAGUUGAUGGAGGACGGGGCCAUUUGCCGUCUUUUUUCGUCCCCACCCCGGGGGCUGGGCACAGGUGGAAUUGACUGAUGCAUAAAUUUAAGUAUAUUCAUAAGAAGAAUGCUCUUAAAAGCGUUAUUACAUUUGUAAAGUCUCACUUGCUUAGAGAUUAGAUAAGAAAUGAGGAGGUGAUUACAAGAACUAGGAUUUCAAUUCCCACGGAAAACAAUUUUUUGGUUCCAUGCUCAGAGGUCAUGGGAAACCACCAGUAACAAUUUUUUGGUUCCAUGAAAUUCAUGGGAACCUGUCCCCUAAAGGUUUUUAAUUUUAGUCAAAGUCAUACAUAUUUUUUUCUUGGCGCUGCUAGCUGGAAGCCAUAAACAAGUAAUGUAUGAUUCAAGAUGGAACUGAUAUAGAUGCUAAACAUUUCAGUUUUGUAUAUGAGUUGUAACUAAAGAAUUGCCCAACUAGUUUAAUAAGUAUUCUGUGUGGAAAAAUAAUUUCGGUAAAUGGAUCCGUAAGGCUUAAAAUGGGUUAUUCCAGAAACAAAUCCACGCCCCCACUACGGAAGGCAUGCUGGAAAAUCUCACAGGAGGGGGAGUUAAUGGCUCUGGAAAUCCAGAUGGGAGGGGGGCUCUGAACCUAAAAAUACAUUCUCGGGGGUAACUUUCGAUUUCAUUGGUGUUUCAAUUGCUUCAAUCAAUAAGUUUUAAAAAAAUUGUUUUGCCUUGUCAAAUUUUAUUAUUCUUUCAAACUACAGACCUCUUACCACAUAUAUUUUAAGUUUCCAUUCAUAGACUCGCCCUCGUUACUUUUGUAGAAGCGAAGUGUGAUAACUUGAAUAGAUCAAGAAAAAUCACAUAAUUCAUGAAAAGGCGCUCAGUUCAAGUAAAGCAAACAAUGAUUUUACCUUGAAUUAUACAUUUUUCCAAGGUUAAUGCUAUUUCAGGGUGAUUUACCACUAAACAGGCCUUACAAGUACACUUUGUAAGCGUGGUUGUUCGUAAUUGUUUGGCGGUGUUUUGAAAAAAAAGUGUUGGAGCAAGUGGUACAGUGUGUCAUGUAAUAUCCCUCUAAGUGUCCUUUUUCUUUCUGUCGCAGUCAUUUUUUAUCCACAAAGAAGAGAACCAUUUAUUCGAGAAGAUAGUUAGUUCUGAGCUUUAUUGUAGUAUAUAUUGCUGUAUAUUUUGCCUGUUCUAGAAAAAAAGAGAAGUUCACUCAAAUAUGAGCUUAUUUGCAAAAAGUGUAAGCCUGUUUAAGAAUGUGUGAAAAUGGAAUGUUAACGUUCACAACAAACGCAGAAUUCAAGGAAAUUGAGACUUAUUUGAUAAAAAGAUCAUCUAAGUGCCUAAAGGGAUUGUUCUUCAUUCAGAAUCCAGAUGGGUGGGGGGGGUCUUUGAACUUGGAACUCCUGAAGGGAGGGGGCCUCAAGCAGUUUUGGAAAUCCAGGUGGAUGGGGGGUGAGGGGGUCAAAAAACCGUGCCUUCCGUCAUGGGGGUGUGCAUUUUUUCUGGAAUAACCCAAUGGCACUCAGAAACUAUUUUUUGGUUCUGUUAUUUUGAGACCAAGGUAACAACACGGUGCCGGAAACUUUCGUUACUGUGAAAUCCUAGGGCUUGGGAUUACAUGUACAUGAAGCAGGAUUUCCUGGCUAAAAAGUUUUUACUUCCUACUUUAUUAACAGUAAGAUAUUUUUCAGGAUAUUUACUUUUUAUAUCGUAUUUGACAAUUUGUUUCUGAAUUGAUUGAGUGCACUUGUAUAUUAAUACACGAAAAUCAAGGCCUAGAUUAGAGAGAAAUUACAACAUUGCUAGAGAGCAAAAAAAUGUGAUGAGCGUGACACGUGACGUCAUUUUUAUUAUCGCCAAAAAUAAACCGCACACUCAAUACAGGACGCAUUUGCAUACAAUGAAAGUUUACAACACCCGACCAGUUAGCCUCACCAUCUGCAUCAUUGGUCGAAGUUUUGCUCAUUAUUAACAUUCCUCUUUUUCUCGACCUCUGAGGUACUCACUUGUUCCAAAGUAAUCAACACUUUCAAGCGAUACUAGAAUUCGUGGAUCAACCUAUAAUUCCGGAAAAGCUCUAAAUCUUUUGCAUUAACCUUUCCUAAGCUUUCUUCACAAAACAUUUGUGGCUCCAGUCAUGCCACAUUUCUUUAUAUCCCCAGUUUUCAUCGUCUCCGCUACGUUCAACCCUGCAGGGACCAAUAUGUCUUCCCUUAACUUUUGUGGACUAAAAUACAAGGAACAAAACAUGGCUUGCAGAUUCUGAGUCUGCAAUCGAGACUAACAAGAAAUUUGGUCAUCAGUUUUGUUAGGGUUAUAUGACAUAGUACAAGACAUGUAAUUAUUAUUAUGACUGACUGAAAAGUUAAUUUAUUUUUCUGAUUUUAAGGACGGUGCCCACUAAUGGGAAGUAUUUUUUCCCAGAUAAUGACUAUGUGAGGCAAGUAGAUCAUAUCAGGGGCUAUUAAAAUCCAAAAAAAAAACACGUUUGCAAAAAAAAUAGUGUAAACGACAUUUUCCCCGAACCAAAAAUUGAUCGUUUGCUGAGCAGGCUUAUUUCUUUCAUUUGGUAACAUAAAAAGUAGGGGUUACCACGCGUUUUUAGAAGUUAAAUUGGUUGGUUUCGACCUUAACGUAAGCGCUUUGGGGGUUAUUUACAAUUUUCCCCAUCGCCUCCCCUGUCAGUGUCACUAUUGCUUCACUCAACGCGGAGUCCUCUGGGAUAUCCAGAAUGGCUAACAGUCAGAAAAAACAACAUCACACAGAGGAGAGCAAAAACAGAAAGUGAAGCAGGACAUUUCAUGGACUCUAAGGAAAGCAAAUUAUACUAUUUCAAUCAACUGGAGCUUCUCCGUCUCAAACAUUUAGCAAAAAGUUCUGGAGAAGAGCAAUCUCCAAGGUAUUAGAGAUUACUUGCAGCGCACAUAGUGUAGUAUGGCGAACUCAAGAUCCACGGCUGGUGCUGUAAACAAACUACUGUACCGUAGUGGAAAAUAGUCGACAGGGAUUCUAAGGCAGGUACUCCUUCAAUCGUUUGCUUACCUGUACAUGUCCUCAAGAGUUUUUGAACUGUAGAUGUAAUAUGGAUUGUCAACCUUCUAUCGUUUCUUUAUCAUUUUACCGGGUACCUCGAUCGAAUAUGUUAUUAAACUUGCAUACAUUCAAUGAGCUUACAUCUGUGCUUUGCGCUAUCUUUUUCUCGCUUUGCCACAAGUGUCAUAUGACAUAAAUGAUUUGCAUAGACUCAUGUUCCGUACAUGAGCUCUCUUUUAAAAAAGCUGAAUAGUGUGAAAGUAGUUGUACCGAAUGAGUUUAUGUACCCUCAUAUAUACACUGGGCUAUAAUGAUCAUUUUAUGUAUUUCGUUUUGAUUUUUUUUACUGUAGCAUUCUGUGUCAUGAUCAUUCACUAUUUUUCGUUUCUAAAUGUUAAUUGUAGACUGAACAGUGUCUGUUAAACUUAAGAAAGUCUUAAAAUGGAAAUACUUUAUUUUACCUUCCAUCUUUAGUUUGUAAACAGCCAAAUGGCAGCUAUGUCUAAAUGUCCAGAUUAUAUGUGGCGUGAAAUUGAGCCUUAAGACAAGCUGCCAAUGAGUCAAUAAUUUCAAUGCUUAGUAAUGCCAAAAUGCUUAAAUAACAAUGAUAAUAGUAAAAAGCAUAAUUUUUUUACCAUUUUUUCCACGAUGAAAGCGUUUCCUUUGCGGUCCUCAACUAUUUGUGAAGCUGCGAACUUAGCAAUCCAAGCAAUCUUCUGAUAGUUUUGUUCUUGUUUGUUCAACAAAUAAAAGCCUCAGACUCUCGAUAAAAGGGACAUCUGUAUGUACUCGAACGCUGUAAAUGUAUGUUCUGGUGAAUAAUUACAUAAAAUAUUUGGGAAAGUGUUUAUAGCCGAUUAGCCGAUAAAACGAGAAGGACGCGAGUGAAAGGUAAGCUUGCAGUUUCUCGAUUAAGCGGAGGACUUACAGCUAUUUUCCUUCCGAUUUACUUAUCCCUCUUGCCUAUGAAGGGAUUUUUUAAUACCCGAGCUCCAAGCGUAAACUCUUGAAGUAAUAACUUUUGAUGUUUUAGAAUUGACUUUUGUUUGACUAUGAAAUGUUCGGUCAGAUCUAUCAUACGUAGAAAUAGCAACAUGCGUAUACUUUUUCGGUUUUCAAAGAACUGAAAAGGUAAAUAGAAAUUAUUUUUCAUCUUUUAGCUGUUGAAAAACGACGCAUCUUUUCCACAAGAAAUACCUAGAAUCUCCCAGACUUACAGGCGACAAAACCAGUCCAGCUCAGUCCGCGUGUCCUGCGUGUUGCGCAUUUCUUUUGCAUCGCGCGCGACUACCUUGGCAUGCGCAGAAAAUGUGCGCAGUAACAAUAGUGGGCACCGUCGUUAAAUACACAAAAUUCUAUCCCCUUCAUACGUAAAAAUUAAGAACCUAAUUAAGAACCUACAUAGCCUAAAUUUCCAUUAAGUACCCCAAAAUACAAGGUUCUUAUAUGCCAGUGUUACUGUACCUCAUUUACCAGUUUUAUGUAAAUGAUUGGCCACCAUGGUAGCUUUAUGCACCACAACAAUAGGUUCAUAUGAGAAAUUGAAGUGAGUGAGUUCACUUGAUUCAUGUAAGAACUUUUAAUGAAUAAACCAGUGCUGCUGUUUUUACAUUUGAUCAUUACCAAUUUACUGAGGUUAUUUUAAAAUGCCUUGCCAGCAUACAAAGAAAGUAGUGUCCGAUAGCUAGUCCAGGGCUAGUGGGUUUUCUAUCGGGCUAGUGAAUUCUGUUUUUAACUUGCCUGAGUCGGGCAAGUGAUGUUUUUUGAGGAACUCGAAUAACAGAAGAACUGUGAAAUCAAUUGGAUCUGCUCGUCAAAAAGCUUUUGGGGCCAGUUUAAAUAUAUGACGUCUACAUGGGCUAGUAAAUUCUAGCUUCAGCUUGCCCGAAUGGCAACCUGUAAAAUUUUCUUUGCACCCUGCUUUCAUGUUUAGUAUCAGCAGAAAGUACAUGUACAUAAUAUUUUAACAAUAAUAAACUGUUUAAAAAGUUUAAGGAAAAACUUGCAGUGACUACACGAGCUAUUACAUGUAUACCUGCAUAGGUUCAUGAGAAAAUGGAAACUGUUACCCUCCAUACCAGGAUGCAGUUUAUUCUUCCCCCCACGGAGGGCAUCAGAAAUUCCAAUGGAAAGGGGGUCCAAGAGGAGGCAAUUUCCAAGGGUUGGGGUCAGAUUCUCAAGGUCUUUUUUUCCGGGGAGUUUGAAACCAGAAUUAUUGUUUUUAUUGAUGAUCUUACAUUAACAGUUAUAGCUGAAUGCUUUUUUCACAGCUUACACUGUACCUGUAUGAUAUAGUCUGCAUGUAUCUAAUAUGAAUGUCAUCGGCUCAUUAAUAAUUCUGGUCAUCCUGCUCAUUGUUUUACAUUUCACAAUAUAAUUGCGGUAUUCACUAUGUUAUGGUCAUGAACUUCUAUUGGUCUUCUUCUAACUUGUUUUCAAAAAGUAAUUGUUUAUUUUUUUUGUACUGGUUCUUUCAUAGAUGCUCUCGUAGUACACUGGACAAAACUGUUCUGGAUUGAUGUUAAUACAAGAAUAAAACAAGCCAAGGAACCUCAAUUAUAUUUUUAUAAUAAGGCUGGUUUAUUAAUAAAAUUGUCGCGCUUAGAAAUAAGCGAAUUACGAAAUUAUUUUACAGAGAUAUAGAUAUUAAUAAUAAAAAAAUAAUUUAAACUAAUUACAUCGUGUUCAAAAUGGACUGGGCCUUACAAUUAUGAGAAGAUAUUUAUAAUACAAUAAAUUAGAUAAAAUACUAGAAACUAGAAAUAUAUAUCAAGUUAUACAUUAAAUUCCCAUAAGUUCCUAAAUUACAUGCCAUGAGCGUAAAGGCACAUCGCUGGAAAAAAGCUUUGUUUAAAGCGUUCAGUUUUGCAACUUAUAAUGGAUGGUCUGUCUUCGUUGUGAACGGAGCGGCUGUGCGCCUGCGACUGAGUCGGUGGAACGAGAUGGCGAAGACGGGAUUCGGGCUCUUUUAUCUUGUGAAUAAUUUGCUACACAACUCUUUUGAAGUUUAUCAAAUUCCACACAUGGGAAAAUAUUUUCAUGUUGAUCAUGCCAGGAGGACUUGCAUUACAGCGUAUCCAAACAUGGUAACGAAACCACAAAGGUAUGCAAAAUCACGUGAUUUGCAAGAAAAAAACGAAUCAAAAAAUGAAGGGUUGUUGUGUUAUGUUAAGAAUAUUGCGACGUUUUCGUGGGUGUUUUGUAAAGCAUUCAAUGGGAAAACACAGGAAAACUUAAGGACAGUCUACAACUUAUUUGACCACUGAAAUAUGGCACUUUCUUCAGACUUUCGUCACCUUAAAACUCUCUCCUUGCCACUAGAUCGGUCUUCCAUCUGUUUUGAAGAUGGCAGCCUGUUGCUCGCGCUCUGUUCCAGCACGAAAUGCUGCUGUGUUAAAGCGGAGUCGGCCAAGAACUUGAGACACUGCUAUGUGGGCCUCUCUAAUAGUUGCUGGACCAUAUUUCUUGGCUCUUCUCCCAUGAGCUUGCCAUUUAGUCUCACAUUGUGUUGUACAACAGCUUGAAACAACUGUGGAUUUACCUUGUGGCCCUUCUAUUAUAUAUGUAUGACAGCUUGAAUCUUUGACUCCCUUAACAGCUGAUGUAUCAAAGGAUUAUACUGCUGCACGUCAAUGACUGGAUCCAAGUUAUAUUUUCGAGACAACAUUCUAACAUGACAACACUUGUGAUUUGUUUUUCUUAAAAAUUACGUGAUUUUGUGUACCUUGGUGAUUUUGUUACCAAGUUUUGAUACACCAUAACGCAAUUCCUCCUUGUGUGAUCAACAGGAAAAUAUUAUUCCAUGUGUGGAAUUUAAUAUUGUUUAAAGGACAAAAAUAUCAUUAAGGGUCCUUAUGGCUUGUUUUAUUUUUGUAUAAUAAAACGUCAAUCCAGAACAGUUUGUCCAGUUUACUAUGUGUCUUGUAAUGCCUCCUUGGUUGUCAGUGACAUACACCUCUACUCACUGUUAAUAAUUAACAAAGAGAGACCUUUACAUGCAAGGCAAAACUGCGUGAGAACAUCAGACACUCUUUUAAGAUGAAUAAAAAGAUUUUUCCUCUCUUUUUCACAGAAAACAUUCAAUUGACCACUCCAGAAAAUACUAUAACAUACCAUAAUACUCUUUGUUUGUCACCCCAAACUUUUGCAUUUAGCAUUGUCUUCAGUUUCUCUUGGGAGUUAAAUUAAAAUAGCGCCAAGAGAAACUGAAGACGGUGCUUAUGCAAAAGUCUGGGGUGACAAACAAAGAGCAUUAUGGUAUGUUAUGGUAUUUUUUGGAGUGGUCAAUUACAAAUGUAUCUUCCGCAUAAAAGUAUAGUAGAACAGCAUUUUUGAUGAAAAUAUAUUCUCGUCAGGGGGGUCUCAACCAAGUUAGAUAACAGAAAAUUCUGUGGCGUGGGGUGUACUGGUGUAUGAAAAGCACCCCCUGGAAUGGAAAUUAUAGUGUGGGUGGUCCAAAGUAAAAGUGCCCUCCAUAGGGGAGGGGGGUAUUAUGGAUGUUUUCUGGAACUACACAUUACAGUUUAUUCAUAUCACAGUCAACUGUAAGUUGUGAGUCAGGCAACAAAUAACCCUUGUUUUUAAUAAUGUUUUUGUGGUAAAAGUAGUAUACAUGUAGUAUUAAGAAUUGUAAUUCACGUUUAUAAACUUUUUUUGCAAUAUUAUUUCAAACUCAGUUGCUUUAGAUCUCAGAAAGUAGGUUAAGUUCCCUCAAAUUGAUUUCUUGGAAUCGAACCCAUUACAGUCAAACCUCUCUAAUACGGACACCGAAGGUACAGAGGGAAGUGUCUGUCUUAGGGAGGUGUCCGUAUUAUAGAGGUUUUUUUUAAAAGACAAUUUUGGAGAAUUUUGGUGGGACGUUGGAAAUGUCCGUAAUAUAGAGGUGUCCGUACCAAGAGGUUCGACUGCAGUUAAGUAGUUCGCGUCCAUUUGUGGCGUGUUUAUGUCCCCCAUAAAAUAUCCGCUGACAGACGGAAUUUUAUGCGGCUUUAAUUUUAUGCAGUGAUGUCAAAAAAGUGUACAAAAAAGUGUGCUGUAUGUGCAGACUUCUUAUUUUCCCUAGGAGUAGUAUAAAUGUAUUGCUUUUUUGAUAUCUUUAUUGCUGUUGCAGUUGUUGUUGCUACAGCUCUCUAUUUCGAUCUGAAGGGGUGCAGUGUCAUGACAUAUGGAAAAAUCCAAAAUGUAUAAAUUUGUAUACAGUGAAACUACCGGUUAUUACAUAAAUGUUCCUGUUUUUUACACAUACAGUGUAAGUGCAAAUAAAAAUGAAACUUUCAUCAUUGAAUGAAGACAUAAAAAAUCAUGAAUAUUUUGUUAUUUGAAAACUCAGUGAGGCUAUAAUAUGGUUAUUUUCAGCUUGAAUCAGUAUUGCAUCUUGAACAGAUUGCUGAAAAUAUUUUAUUCUUUUCUUUUUUUGCCAUUUAAAGGGGAUCAGGAAUUUGCAUUUAGGAGGGUAUAGCGUUGUCAAUUUAUGUGAUUUUUUCUAGAAUGAGAUUUUAAUCAAUUGAAAAUUUAUAGUAUAAAGAUUUACAACAAGUUUAGAAAGUUAGAAAGAAUUGUACAUAAUGUUUCAAAAGCUGAGUAGCAGACACAUUUUUAACAGUCAAGUUUGUUUUAUAGAUGUUUUUAAAUAAUUGUUAUGACUUAAGUUGGCCAAUGGCAUACAGUGUAUUUUUUAUUUUUAUUGAAUUUACAGAUUUCGUAGUUUUUUAAAGUAUACAAAUUCAUCAAAACACAAUUUUUCACAAAUUUUUUAACACUAUAAUCUCUCGCCAUUUUAAUGGCACACCAUUCAUGGGGUGCAACAAAAGUGCUAUCUCAUAGCCCAGGGCUAAAGUGAAGCAACUCAUGGGGUGUCCUGUGAGUAAGCAGCAUUUGCCAAGAUAAAGAGUAAUCUGAAAUGCUUCAGAAAAGGGGUUGGUUGACCAGCAUGAAUGCUGUACUGUGGCUACUAAACUUCAGCAACAGUUUGCCCAAAGGGCAAUGAGUUUUAAUUUUCAUCUCACCCUGAUUCAGGCACCUAUCAGGAGCUGUGACAUUAAGCAGCAGUAAGGGCGGAUUUAGGGAUGGGCCAAAGGAAGCUUUUUUUCCUUGAAAUUAAUUUGUAUUAUUUUUAUGGAAUUCUCAGAACAAUAAAACGUUUCUAUAUAGCUGGCAAGUGGGCAAGUGUCCCAGCCACCCUUUUCUGAAUUUUCUGGAUCCACCCCUGGCAGCUGCUGGUAAAAUGAUUUCAUGAGAAAUUCUCCAUUUUUGAUGACUUACACAGAGACCAAAAACCAAUUCCAGCAUACAGCAAAUAAUAAAAAAUUUAAUGUACAUGUAUGUAUUACAUGCCAUUAUCAAAAUGGAAUAAAUUAUGCAAAAGAUUCCAUUUAAACCCCACUAACCCAGUAGCCCAGAGAAGACAGAAAAACUCAGGUUUGUGGAGAUGGACCAGGUGGAGAGAUCUAGGUUGGGAGGUAAAUGGGAAAGAACUAAUAAUUUCUGUUGUCAGGGACUUGACUGACAGCCUUCUUGUGUAUUUUCCUGCACUAAUAACAGUUGCUUAUGCUUGUCGGUAGAUCGAUGACAAGUGAUGAUGGUGUUUUCAUCCCUUUUCCUGGUAAUUUUAUUUUUUGCUCCUGCUCUUUGUUGAAUUACCUUUCCAUGUUGUUUUUCCAGAUCUUAAAAUCUGCCAAAGGCUGGUCCACAGGAAGUAAGAUUUUUCGAAUGUUUUUCUUCCUGUGGUGCGGAUACUGUGUAAGGUUUCCUUGGGUUUCUGAGUUUGAAAUUGAAAUAGCAGUUACAAAAACAAACUGCAAUUAUACUGCUAGUUCAAAAGUAGUUCAAGAUUAAAGAAACGUCAUCUUCUUGACUUGCUAUUAUCUCUUUCUAAGCCACUGCAGGUAUGACUUUGUGUAUCGAUUUCUCUUUUUUCAAAAUUUGGGUAUGAUGGUAGGUCAUGUGUAUACUGUAAAGUCAGUAUUUCAUUAUACAGUACCAGUAUGAAAAUCAACUCUUUUAGUUAUUGGGAUCUGAAAUAUUAUUUAUUGAGGUCCCCAAAGUUUCCGGCCUGUGUUAUUUUUGCUAUAUCAUUUAUGGGUACUUUAAUUUUGGUUUCGGUUCAUAACAUUCUCACAGUUCCCUUGCCCUGUUUGUUCAGUAAAGUUAAGUUCUGUCAGGCGGGGUUAGUACAGGGAUAGGUGAGAUCUUUUGGGAUAUAACCUGUAAUAUACUUGGACUUUAAGUUUAUUUUUCAAAAGAAAGCAGUUUCAUUGUUUAAACAUGCUUGUAGAACAUGUUGUUUCAUGUAAAAGUUUUAGAGUCAGAAGAAAUUGCAAAGGACUUUCUUUGAUCAUAUUCGUGUGUUUAUUGCAAGUAGCUAGGGGAAGUGGUGAACUAGAGCUGACAUAUAGUCCUGCUUUUUAUAUCAUCUGUCUUGUUUAUAGCCUGUGGUGCAGCCGGCCGGCCGGCCGGCCCACAUACGUGUAUAGUAUAGAUAUAGUUGGUUUAAAGAAGGUUUAAAGUGUCUGCGGUGCAGAGUAGCUUAUUUAUAGUACAGUAUUGUUGUAAAGUGCGAUGAACUCAACCAGAGCACUGCACCCAAUGACAAUCAGCCAAUCACAAGUCAUGUUCACAAGGACAGGUGGCUAUCAAAAACAAGAUAUCUCUUUAUUUCUCAAAGUGCCACUGGCCCAAGUGUGUUUAUAGAGAGGAGAAGUCGUUACGUCUCGUUGCCAUGGUAGCAGAGAUUUCAUUUAAUUUGCCAAAUAUUGGCGAGAUUUCUGGGGUUGAAUCGGAAACGACAGUAUCUAAGUUUACAAAAAAGAAAAGAAAAUUUUUGUGUUGUGUUCACCAACUCCGUAAAGUGGGCGCGUCAAAUUAGGAAGUUUCAUGUCGCAGUUGUGUAACGAUGGCUAACAAAUGUACAGAAAAGCGUAGUCACGUGCAAAGUUGUUGUAUUGCUUAUCUAAUCCUCAGCUUUUUUGCCAUUCUUGUUGCCGUCGCCAUCGUCGUUGCUUAAGCUCCCUAUUGUUGUCAUCCCAAAAUUUUGCUACCAUGGAAACAUGAUGUCACACUUCUCCUCUCUGUUACAGGUUUCAAUAAAUUGUAUAUCGGUGUAUGACAUUUGCAGAUUGCAGACCGCAGACUGCAGACUGCAGACCGCAGAUUGCAGAUUGUAAAUUAAAAGACACCAAAAAUCUUCCUAAUAAAGGUGACACCAUCAAAAAUAUAACAUCGUGUGAAAGUGAGAAAGUAGCCUGGGAACAAGGUUGAUGUUUUUGAGCAAAGUUACAUUGGCCUCAUUUCCAAGAUGCUGUUGGCUAUUCUUCACCGACGCGACUCUUAAUUGACUCACCCGGCAUAUCACUUAGUGCGUUGAUUCUUUAUUCUUCUUUGAUUAUUGUGAAUUGAUAAUGACAAGUAGCAAUGCCCAUUAAUGCCUGUCUAAAUAGUAGUCUUCUGUAAAAAAAGUGUUUAGAUUGCGAGCACUUCGUGCUCACUACAGUUACGUCGACAAAAACAACUAGGAUAGAUCACGGACAUUUAACACCCUUUAAACGACGUAUUUCAUCUUAGCAGUAUUUAAGGAUAUGCCAAAUAAUCUAAACCGAACAGAUCCUACCUGGACUCGACGAAUUACCGGGAGUGCAUUUUGAAUUUCUAAAUAGGCAAAUCGACAAUGGCUUUUUUAACAGCCCCAUCAUUGCUCAUGCUCAAAUCUUAGUACACAGUUGGGGCCCCCGUAGAAUAAGAAUUCCGGCUCUGUUUCACAUACAGACUUAUAUAACCAGAGUUUAGUUUCGUCUGUGGUGCAGGCUAAAUUGCUAGCCUGUUGCUAUGGAUUGAUGAGCGAGUUGAGACAUCGGCAGACAUUAUUCUGCUCUAAUUCAAUACGAGACGAACAGCCAACAAUUCCUUCAGGAAUCAGGUCGGUGUAAUUUGCUUGAAAAAACUUCGCUUCUGGGCCUUACAUGUACUUCUCGGAACAAGGUAAUGUUGAUGAUGACGCCACCUUGAUUACGAUAUUUUUGGUUUCAUUCAAUUUACAGUCUUGCUGCCUCAUGCAGUCUGCAGUCUGCAGUCUGCAAAUGUCAUACACCGAUCCAUGUUGGUUUAAUUGAGCAAACAGAGUGUAAUUGGUCAUCCUUUCUUUGGGACACCUCCAUUCAGGGGACACAAAAUUUGGUCCCGGAAAAUGUGAACAUAAUCGUUGUGUUUAUUACCUCAGUUAAAGGGACGAGUGACCUCUAUUCAGAGGAAAGGGACACUUUUUCUGGGUCCGGAAACCUGGGCAUAUUUUAACCUCCAUUAUUUCAGGGAACACCUCAGCACGCAAAAAGUCACUGACCACAAAGAGGGCUGAUAUCUUUAAGUGCACACUAAUAAAAAAUGGAAGCUUUCACAAACUGAACUAUCUCACAUAAAUCAAUGAAAUGCACUUGUGUGAAUUCAAAAUAUAAUAGGGUGUUUAAGAAACCAUGACGGUGACAGCCAUGAAAAAGUGAAUUUCCAUUCUUUUAAUCUCUAUCGCGAUUACUCCAACUCAUUUACUUUGUCAAUUGCGAGCGAAGUCUUUUUGAGCCGAAUUCCCAGGAAUCAUAGUCGGAAUCAAGUUCAGGAAGAGGAAGAAAGUUUAGCCGUCACUUGUUUACGUCCUCCAUGCCGUAAAACGUGAAAUUUGGCAUUUUCUUGUCGUAGUCGUGCAGUGACAGCAAAAAAAUGUGCAAAAAAGCGUGAUGCACAUGCAGAGUUGUUGCUUUACCUUUUCAUUUCAACCUAUUGCUUUUUUGACGUUCUCUUUGUCGUCGCCGUUGUGGCAUCUUAAAGUCCCUAAUGAUGAUUUCUUUAUGCUGUCUUUGUUGGUUAAUUAUUAACAAACCCCAGCCCAACCUCUAAUCAGGGGGAACCUCUAUUCUAGGGACACUUCCUUUGGUCCUGAGGGUGUCCCCUGAAAAGAGGUUUCAUUGUAUUUGUUUUAUCUGUUGCUUCAGGUUUAAUUUUAUUGUUUACACAGCUCACUUAAUAACUUUCUGUGCUUUGCACUGUGAGCCUGUCGACUUUCUUGAUCGGUAUUGUUAUGAUUAUCUCUGAUACCUAAGACCGUUUUUUAUGCUCCAUUUCUUGUACACCGUACAAGUUAAAAUUUAUACCAAAUAGUAUUGCAUGAAGCCUGAAAUGAUGCGACGAUGGCCACCAUUGUCAAGUGAAAUUUACCCUACAUUAUAAAUCUAUUCUUCAGGUAUUAUUAAGUCAGUCCGAUAACGAUUUUUUUGUGUGUCUUGCCUAAAAAUAUUUAUCAUCUUAAUUUAGUCUUUAACCACUUAUUCUCCUUCUUUGUUCAAAUUGUACUAUUUCAUCUACUGUAGGGGAGAGAAGAUGUUGCCUGGCUUGCUCGUUGUAGGGAAUUAAGGGAGAUGUGGUGUUGCCCUCAACCUAAAGGUCUGGGGACAAGCCAGGGAACACAUGGUCUAGUGUAUACUGUGCUUGCAACCUAAUAGGGAUUUGCUGGGAAAACAAUGAACAAACGAAGUAACAUGGAACCCAGCUCGAAACAAAAGAGCUGCAACAUGAAUUAGAGGUUUUUGAGAGCAGCAAGGCUACUGUCAUGACAAAAGAUUUUGAGCUGAACAUAUUGAACAAAUUUUACUUUAACUUAUGGCGCAACUGUUUAUAUGGUACAAGUGAGAUCUCGGUUAAAUGGAGUGUGGAUGUAGUUGUAUUCAGUUGUUAUUUUACAGUACAGUUAACACCCACAGCAGGCCGCUAAUAAGAACCUUCUUUUUUGAAGUCUGGCAAAAUAAAUAGGCUCUUGUAAUUUGAGCUACUUAUUGGUAAUUUAGGCUAAGUAGGUUCUUAAUAUCAUAGGUGACGAAUUACUCCUUAAUAUAGGCGCGAAAUUUCAGCGUUAAUUUGUAAUUUCACAUGUGAAAUUACUAAAUUGCCAUGGCAACCUGCAGUACGUCUCCGUCUCAAUAUGGCGACGAAGUUUUAAAAUGUCAUGAAUGAAGAUGUCAGGGCAUAAAAAGACGCUUUAGAAAACCUGAACACGCGAAAGAGCACAUCAAGAAGGAUUCUUAGAGGUAUGUUGUCGAAAAAUUCCGAAAACUUAAGCCAAAUUUCAGCUCUAAACGUUUGAGAGAGUGGAUAAACAAGUCAAAAUUCCUCGAUUGCUAAGGUAAUUCGUCACCCAUGAUAUUAAUAGGUAAUCAAAUGGUAUACUCGUGAAAUUAGGGAAUAAUUGCACUUGCGUUUUGUCCAAAUCCUAAUAAUUUCCCUCGCCUAAAGGCUCGGGAAAUUAUAAGGAUUUGGACAAAACGCGCGUGAAAUUAUUCCCUAAUUUCACUCGUCACCAUUUGAUUACACAUACUAAAUUUUAAUAUAUAGAUUUAGCCAGGGCUAAAAGCGAAGCUCCUAUUAACUCGAAUUUAUAAUUUAAAUCAAAGAAUAAACUUGUAAUUUCCACAAAUCAGUUAACUUUAGAGCACAUUCAUGUGACUGUUGAGGGAAAGGCUAAGUGAUUUUAGAGAAAAAUAAUUUGCGAAGAGUCCAAGCUAAGAGUGAACUUAAUCUUACAUGGAGUUGAUAGCCUUAUAUGUACACCCUAAAAAUAGCAUAGCCAUAAUGGCUCUUGAUCACAGUAGAUUAGGCCUGGAAAACAAAUCAGGCCGAAUUUUUUGCCUUCGACAAGUUUACUUUACAACAAGUCUGGGGACGUGUAAACCAACCUUUUAUACUUUUUAUACAUCACAUCUGAGGUGAAACAGUACCAUGACGCGCUGUUUUUAUCAUACAGACCUCGGACAGAAUGCAUUAUUUCUCAAUUUUGCAUUACAAAUUGCACUCAUUCAAUAUUUAGGACGAUCGAAGCACCCGUGACAAGCGCCAAAGUCGACUGUUUAAACUAAGAUUAAUAGAGUUAUACGCUUCAACAUAAUAAAGAAUUUAUUAUGUUUAUUUUUUAUCUAAUGGUUUUAUGUGUAAUCUUCAAAAGCGUUUGAUACGCGUGGCAUUUUGACUACUCCUGCAAGCGAUAUUAAUGAGCGACUGAAAACAAACGGCACAGCGAUUAAAAUUGCAAAGAGACUACUAACAAUCAAUAAUAAAAGGAAAAUAAUUCGGUGAAACAUAUACAGAGACAACAAUUUUCAUUCACGAAGACAAGUAUUAAAGUGUCUCUGAAAAUCCUUGUUUGUGUUUUAAGCCGGCGUCCCGGUGUUUGCUUUUUUCAAAGAUGAACUCGAGGCAAGAAAAUCGCUCAAAGCUUUCUUUUACAGCCAGAAUUAUAACUAAAUAUUCUUUGGAACGUUUUCUUUCUAUUUGCGAUGAGAAAAUGUCUGAAGGCUUUUUAAAGUUCUACAAGCUUAUAAUCAAACCUGAUACUCGGUCAGAUCAUUGUCUCAAAUCUUACAAACGUGCAUAAACUAAAUAGCCCCAUAAACUACACUCGACUUCAUUGAAUAAGCUAUAAAAAACAAACAUCAAAUAAAAUAAUUACUCAGGCUUGCCAUUCGAGAUGCACUGAAAACUAUCCAGUAAGGCAAAAAUCGCUUCAGACUUUUCAACCCUCUUACGCAUCAAGCAAGGUGAAAAACGAAAACGAUGCCAUCCGAAAUCGGAUUUCCGACUUUGACAAGCGACGUAUUUCUCAGCCAAAAACCCGAUAAACAAACUAGCCAUGAAUAACAGAAGACUCUUGAUAGCAGCUGAAUUUCAUUUUGUACAAUGUUCAGUGGAAAAAGACAGUUAAAAACAUCACAAGUUGACACAAAACUCUGUCAGCUUCAGCUGUCAAAGUAAACAAGUUUCAAGAUGCUGCAUCAAUUUUCCGUAUGAACUCACCUGUCAAAUUUUGACCAAUCAGAGCAUAAAAAUUGGACGUAGAGCUUGACAAACGCGUGACCUUUGCGAGAAAAGUCAAAAGCAACUGGCAUGUCUUUCCUGCCUGUAAAAAUUGGCUCAAUCUUAGCUUCCGAGGUCAGUUUGAAAUCAAAAUUUUAAUUGUGCGGCACGUAUAAAACACAUAUUUCAUAUGAAUUUAAAAAAUUAAACUUGAGCCUGCAAUCAUUUGAAAACUAGUAACUUGUCAGCGGAUAACUUCAAAAAUACUCAACCUGGAUGGGUCGACACCUGAGCCCGCGAUACGGUCAGGUGAUACUGGUCAGCGGAUACCCUGUUUUGACAGCUGUCAAUUGAUCACAACAGUGGUGUGCAAUAUGUGUGCAAUAUCAGUCUUCCUGGCUCCCAAACUAACUAGAAAGUGUGGGAUUGAACAUUGGUUGCCCUGUGGUGCGGACGGACGGGCAGCGGGCGGGCGGUGUACGGUCACGUGAUUACCAAAUUUUCUGGGAUAGGUAGAUUUACUUGCCCAUGGUGCUCCGCAGGCGCGCUUCGCGCGCCAGAGCUCCGCUUUAAUUUAAUAAUAGAUUGUCGAUUACAAGAAAAGUGAAGCUUGUUAUUUAUUCACAAUUGUGUUAUUAUGACCCUCACACAACCGAUUACCGAAUACAGUUUAGUAUAGUAUGUUUUUCUUGUACUAAAAUUUACAACUCAAAGUUACAAUCCUUUAUUAAACUGUUUAUCAUAAUUUAACUGUAACCCACUAUAAGAACCUGCUUGAUAUUGCUUGGCUAAACUGGUUCUUGUAUUUUUCAGAUUUUUGGGUAUUAUAGAGUGGCAAUUAAAUUUCUGCCAGGAGGUUCUUAAAAAAUGAUCCACAGGUUCUUAUUAGCGAGCGUUUACUGUAACUGCCUCUAUAGUCAAACCAGUCAAACCUGUAUUAAGCGGGCCUCUAUAAGCGGUCACCAAAGUCCUGGAAAUAUAAUAUAGCUUCCUUUAAUUAUUGUAAAACCUACUCUGUAUUUAGCAGUUACAUCUAUUUAGAAGCCGUGGUCACCUGUUUCGAGGUCCCAAUGAGUAAUUUGUUAUUGUCUUUACCUCUAUUAAACUGUCUCUUUGACAAGAUGUGCCAUACUAGUGUAAAAGGAUACACUGUGUAGGGCGUUUAGUGGUCUUGUACAGACUUGCCAACCCCCGAAAGGCAACAAAUGUGAGAUUCUGAACCUAGAGCUGGGAAAAGUAGUGCAGAGAAAUCAGUAUAAAGAGACGGGCCAUAAAUUAUUGGGCAAAACAAGGAUCGCGAGUAAUUUCAAUACUGUGAAAGGUUUGAACACAGGAGUCAUUUCAAAAGUAGGUUGAGUUUGAUCGUCCGGGUGAACGUAGUCCUGAAUAGGACUGUUGUUGUUGACAGUGACUGACGUUUCGACAACCUGUGGGGUAGUCAUCUUCAGAGUCAAAAUGAGUUGUAUCACGUCAGUUGAUGGUGUUAUACUCUGGUUAUUGAUCUGAUUGGUCAAUUACAUCGCGAUGUUAUUGGUCGUCUGUUAGUUAAGCCGUGAUGUUAUUGGCUAUGAAAAAUCGUAAUCAGUGAUUGGUGCGUUUCGAUCCGUCUAUUGUCACAGUUAAACAGUCGUCUAUGGUUAGUCAAAUUGUCAGUUCUCCAGUCGUUCUCUCGUAGUUAGUUUGAUCUCGUCAAUAACUUAGAACAAACGCCACUGAAUCGUAGCCAACAGUUACCAGCGCCGUACAAACGACUUAUUGACGAGACCAAGCAAAACUAACUACCAGAGAAGGACUGGAGAACUAACAACAGACGAUUGUUUAACUGUGACAAUAGACGGAUCGAAACGCACCAAUUACUGAUUACGAUUCGUCAUAGCCAAUAACAUCUCAGCUUAACUGACAGACGACCAAUAACAUCGCGAAGUAAUUGACUAAUCAGAUCAAUAACCAUACGUGAUACAACUCACUUUGACUCUGAAGAUGACUACCGCACAGGUUGUCGAAACGUCAGUCGCUGUCAACAACAACAGUCCUAUUCAGUACUACGUUCACCCGGACGAUCAAACUCAACCUACUUUUGAAAUUUCAAUACUGAAGAACUACUACUAAACCACAUUUUGGUACCUUAUGGGUAAAAAAAGGUGCACUUAAAACGACAAAAUUAAAGGGAAAGGAAAGAUCUUUUCGGUUUUUUUGGUCCGUACAUUAAGUUGAGGACCGAAAAUUUACCAAUCGUAGAACAAGAAAUAAGUUAAUGAUGAAAUAAUAAUAAUAAUAAAGAUAAAAUAAAUAACAACGGUCUUGACAAAUGAUUUUGAGCAGAACAUAUUGAACUCAUUGUGCUGUAACUGAGGGCAUAACCGUUUAUCCUGUAGCGAGUGAGAUCUCAGUGAAAUGGGCUCUGAGUAGUUGUGUUUAGUUGCUUUUUUACAGAAACUGCCGCUAUAGUCAGUAUAACUUAAAUUAUAUCAUUAUCUUUCCUUACCGUUUCAGUUUGAAAUUAUGCCUAAAACUGCAAUAAAGGUUACCAAGGAUACCUUUACUAUUAGUGAACUAAUGGGAUGGUGGCCUCGUCAAGAAGGACAAACUGUUCAACUAAAAGAUGCUGAUCCAAAUGAACUUCAGCGUUUUAUUGACAAGAUGACCGCCACUAUCAAAGGUAAAGGUUUAAAAAAUAAAGGUUGAACCGCUGUACAUAUGUAUGGAAACAGGCAGAUUAAGCUUAAUAUGGUGAGAGUAGCAAUAGUUAGUUAUGGUUUGGGUUUUUAAAUACAAAGAGGAAUAAGGUUAAACUUACCGUAUGUACGUACAUGUAGGUUUAGAAACAGGUAGCUCAAGCUUAUGGCGAGAGUAAUUACACAUAUAUAUUUUUUUGGAAUUGAGAAGCAUGUGAUUAAACCCGUGCAUUUGCAUGGGUAGCUGGGCUUAAAUAUUUAAAAUUGAUGAGUGAAAUAUCCAGCCUUAAUUUUAUGAACAUUAACGCUUAUAAAUUUGGUCAGCCGGCAAUCGUCGCGUCAAAUCAUUGUUUGCUGUUAACCACUGUUAACAGUGUCAAGAAGGGUAGACGUUUCUUGACCGACUCCGCUGGCCAGUAGGACGUCACAUACAGGUGUCGUAACGGGCAAGAACCUCGCGUCGCUUGUGCAAAUUAGCAAGGGAUACGACAGUUGUUAGGACAAGCGAGGUCAAGGAAAAGCUAAGAAGCUAGCAAAUAUCCCUAUAUAUUGCUAAGUUGAUCGAAUCUGUGUGAGCUUUGGUGUUGCCAUAAUCUGCUUGUGUAAACCGUUUUGAUAGUUUUGUGUCCGUAAUUGUAUAAUUUUGUAAAUUUGUUUUGCGGGCCGUGUUGCGGGAAGGCCAUCUUUUUCACGGGACCGGCAAGGUCAUCAAAACUUAAAUCCUUUUUUUCUAUAAAAUAUAGGCAAGGUCUAGUCUCCAGAAUAGGAGGUUCCAUUCACAGAUCAAACAUGUUUUGCUAAUUAAACCGGCCUAGCUUCGUAUCAAUCCUUUCGAGUGUGGGCCUCUGUUGAUCUCCUAAUUCUCCACCAAAUUCAGUAAAGCUAGUUCGAUCGAUGAUCUACAUCGAUCGGCCCGUUGAAUCCGAAAUAAUGCGAAAUAGCUUUGAAAUACGCGCUUAAGCUAAUUUUCCUUCAAAGGUAUAUUUCAAUUCAUGAUAAAUGCAGCUCCACCAGCCUCAAAAAGCCCUAUGGCAGAGAACAUUGUUGUGAUAUAACAAAAUUAAUUUUUCGAAUUACUUGUGUCACUGUGGUGCAGUGGUCAAGGAGUUGCUUGCACGUGCAGAUAAACCGGGUUCGACUCCCGGCGACUUUGUUUUCUGUUUCUUUGCACCGUUUUUUUCUCUGUUUGGUCUUUAUUUUUAGCACUAUUUAUCAUUUUGGCCUGUUGUUUUUUAUUCUUACUGCUGACCCUGCUGAUCAUGCACUUGUAUCAAUAUAUAUUUUAAGCUUUUAUUUUGCAAAAGGGAUUUCAAGAGCUCUUGAUCCGCAUACUGGCCAAGCUUACGGCCAGAAAAAACUAUAAGCUGUCAAGACAUGUCCCUCCUCUGAAACAGCUGAAUUUUUUUCAAUGUCAGUUGACAUCAUGACAAACAACACACAGUAAACCACAAACUGCACUCAUUAACACCCAACACCCACCAGUGACCAACUGGCGAAAUUUAAACUUGCCUUUUGUACAUCGUUUUAGUCAUCAAUAUUAUUACCCUAAAAUAUCCACUGGGUUUGCCCCCAAAAAAUAAUUAAGCGAAACCUUUUAUUGGUUUUCGGGAUUUAAUUACAGAAUUACAGGUGUAUGUUCAGUAUAGUAUUAAAAUACGGUAAAACAACAAGGUUCAAUGCUUACAGUCUGUCACAAAUACCUGCCAUUUAGCUUCCUCUUUCAAAGCUACAGCUAAGCGAACUUUGAAAGGAUUGAUAUGGGGUUCCACAAGCUCUGAAGUGCUGAAAAUAAGCACAAUGUAAAGUAUAAUACAUCCUUUGAUGGACCUCCUAUUGCUGUGUCUAAAUUCCUCAAUCUUGCAGUGCACUUGCCCUCAAAAGUGUGACCGGUCGGUAUGAUUGCCCGUAAAAUUUGCUCGACGAUAGAAAGGAAUCUUUGAAAUUCAUUACACCACUGGACGUUUCAUUCCAAAAAAGUACUGAAGUCUAGUUUUCUAUGACACUUAUUACCUUAAAAUCUCCAAAUCCAAGAAAUUGGAACAGUAUUUCCGUGAUUAAAUCGAAAUUAUUAUCCGUCUCUUCGAUGAACACUUUGCUCGCCAUUUUGAAAGUCACUGACGCGAGACGUGACGUCAUACUGGCUGACGGACUGUACCACAGAUCUCCUUGAGACACCCCCCCACCAGGACAACAUUUACCUAAUUAAAAAUAACAACGCCCGUAGAGCAUGAGAUCGGGCUGGCCCCAAUUCUAGUGAUAUGGAGUCGACAAAUCAGAUCAUAUUUAAGACCAAAUGAAAGCUUAGAGACAAACAUUAGUGUGUAAUCCAGAAAUUAAAUCGAUUGACUUAAAUUGCUUCGUAUUCCUCGCCUUAUUCUUCUCGCGCGCUGGUGGUUCUGCCGUCAAACUAAGACUCCGACUUGUCCUCAGUCUUCUCUUAUCGUUUGUAUGCGGACAUGGAACGGUCACGGGAGAAUAUUACGGCAUCUACCCCGCGCUUCUCUCGUUUAAAAAUUAACAGGAGACUGAGAGACGACUGGGUACAAGUCAGCCUGAGACCGGCCAUAUCAAAGUCUUAUGAUGGCAAGAAUUAUUAAAUUGACUGUUUCUCUCUACACGUUCGUUGGGUAAUUCAUUUAUCGACCAGUAAAUAUAACCAUACAAAAUGAAUCUGGGAAGAGCUGCAUGUUUUUUUGCCCCUCAUUCCGUUCUUUUAAAGGGCGUAUCUCACGGUUGCCCCAGUUGUUGAAAAGUUGGAUAGCGCUAUUCACCAGAUAAAUCCCUAUCCAGAGGAUAAGUAUAGUUUGCAAGCAGGAGAUUUCUACUGAGAUCAGGCCAAUUGCGUUAUAGACACUGGAUAGAGAUUUAUCCAGUGGAUAGCGCUAUCCAUCGAUUGAACAACCGCUGCUUAGUUCUUACAUGCUUGUGUUAUCCUUCCACUGUACGGUUUUACAUUUUUUUUCUAAGUAACCACGGGUUGGAUGUUAUAGCCCGCCAGCGUUACCAACGCCGGUAUAUAUAUUUGAGUUCUGCAUCGCAGGAUAAAGAUUUACCAUUCAUUUUUUCCAGUCUGUGUAAAUCCUCUAUUAAAGUGCCCUCUCUCAAAUAAGCCCCCUUCCGUUCUAAUAAGCCCUCCCCUCUUUUCAGUGGAAGAAAGUUAAUAAGCCCCCCUCGCCUCUCUCUAUUAAGCCCCCCUCCCUUCCCCUGAUUAUUCUUCAGUAAUAAAUGAUAAACUGUAUUCAUCAAUCACGACUAUUUUACUUCGUGUGGACUGAUCCGGGAUGGUUUCGAAACUGAAAGUUCAAAUUUGAUUCUGAUCCUCGGAUGCAUGACCUCCAAGGCUCCAACCUUCUUGUACUUGAACGUAUCCACUUUGUAUUCUAGGUCUUUAUGGAGAACUGACACCAUCGUCUUUUCGAAAUUAAAUAAGCCCCGCCCUUCUCAUAUGAGCCCUUUGUCUCUAUCAAGUUCCCCCCUUAAGUGGGCUUGAAAUAAUUAGCCCCCACCGGGGGACGCGCUUAAUAGAGGAUUUACAGAAAAUCUCUGUUUUCAGACACCCCUUAUUUGCCUUGCAAUAAAGAAUGCAACCGAAAACAUUAUUCCUUGGACACUUUAUAGUGGUAAUUCUUUCUAAACCUUGUUAUUGCCAACGAGCCAUCCGAGCGAAGACGCUCGGAUGGCGAGGCGGCAGCAGAAUAGAGCCGCGCAAGACUGAGCUGUAGGCAGAAAAAUUCUCGAUCGAGCUUCAAAAAGUGUAACCUCAUGUAAUGUAGAUUCCCCUGAGACCAAGUGGUGUGACAGUUUCAGCCAAUCAAAAGGCUUUAAACUAUACUUGGCGCACAUGUGUUCUUUCCUCAGCGGCACGCGAAGACUGAACUUGAAUGUGGUACGUUUUUAUUGUUUAUUCACCUAAAUCUGGCCCCGGCAGUCAAGGUAAAUGAAAACUUGAUGCACUGUAUUAAUUUGGGGGGCCAUUAAUGUAAAGUUUUAACGUAGAGAAGCUUGUAAAACAACAGUUUAAGUAAAGAAAAGUUUUCCAUGUGAAACAAGCAAUUCUCAACCACUAAAAAGGAUCAGAUUACACGAAGAGAUAAGGAAAGCUUGAUACGAAGAAUAUAUAUAUAGCCGCUUCUAUUGGAAAUCUGAUGUUGGGGAAAAAUCUAACCAGCAAAUGGAAAAGUAAGAAUAAAAAAGAAUUACAAGCCUAAAGCGAACGACAAAGGAAAAGAAAACAACGCUAUUUUUUUCGAAACCUGGACGAGUUUAUAAUAAUUAGUGAAAACAAAAUACCGACGUGCCGUACAUGUCGUACAUCGCAUGUCCUUGAAAACAUUGCAAGCAGCCCAGCGAAUCAUUCUAAAAUUCAAUAGGAAAACAAAAAGCCUCGGGAAAUUUCAGAGGAGGUUUAAAUGAUUAAACUGCACAAAUAUUUAUCUACAAAGUGAAACCGAACCGACACUAAUUUUGUAGUGGUAAGAGAAACGAUCAUUUUUUACAUUUCCCCCUACAUAUUACCGAUCGCUUCCUCUGCAAGCUGUUUCAUUCUUUCAAAAAAACAUGCCUCAUGACACUUCAAACUUUUUAUAUAGCAGGUUGGUAAAGCCACAGGAGUCUGAGAACUGACUUUUCUCCGAACCUUUAUACUUGCAUAGCACCUUACUUGCAAGAAAAUAAUCCUUUCAACAGGAAGGGACCAAGAAACUGUCAAAUGUUGGAAAAAAGGAAUCCAUUCCUAUGCAAAAUACGCAUGAUUUGCUCGUUGGCACUCUAUCGAUAGGUAUACCUAGUAAUUAAUUAUAUAAACGGUAUAUUUAGGGUAAAACAUCGCUAUUGAUGACGAGUUGUGAGAAAGCUUAAAUGCCUUACUAGACUUCUUCUAAUAAGUAGUUGAAGAAUUUAGUGUUACAUUUUACAUUGCCACAUCUCCCUUUAAUAAAACGUGGUACAUUUCGCGUUUAAGCGUUAUUCUAUUUUGCGUUUUACAUUACGAGUUAAUGUUACAUUGCUUCACGCAUGUUUUUACAUUUCGCGUUAAGGUUACAUUUUCCGCCAUGUGUUAAACCUCGUGUCUUCGUACCGCCCCAACUAACGACUGGUCUGAAAUUGUUUUUAGUGUUUGAUAAAAAGUCAUGGGAAAAUAAUAAAAAGGGGGGAGGAACAAAAAUCAGUUACCAGAGGGUUGGAACUCGCGUCUAUCAGAAAAUCCAUCAGCUUUGCAAGCUGGGAACUUUUUAAGUAUUGAAAAACAAAUUACGGGUAAAACAAAGACGAAAGAUCUCUUGAAGAAGAGUACUAUUCCGCACAAAGACUUAAAAUUAGAUUAACUGAAAGAAAAUAAAUAGAAUACUUCACGGAAACUACUCGCGUUUUUGACGUAUCAGAGAUUAAACGAGUGAGAUUAUUGCAAUAGUCUCCUGUAGUGCUUGCCUGCGGUUCACGUCACCAAAUUACAGCGCCCACAGAAUACAUCGGCAAGCACUUACUUCCCUUAAUUACCUGACAUUUUGAUCAUAUUUAUUACGCCGGUGCUGACAUCCCUUCACUGGCUGCCCGAAAAAUAUAUUUAGCAAUUAUUGAAUGAAGCUGAGUAGGAUAUGAAGAGGAGGAUGUUAUCCACCGAGGCCGAAGGUCUCCUCGAUUUGCAUAAUUCUUCAUAUCCCACGAAAGCCGAAUUAGUAAUUACUUUAUCAUUCAUUCAAAAUAAUUCCAAGUUUAAAAACAAGGCAAAACAUGCUUACCUCUGUCGAUGAUAAUAAUGCAUGUUUAACGGGAGGUUUAGGAGAUAAAGGGAUGUUUAGGUCUGCAGAUAUACUUCAAAUAGCUGAGGUCGUCCAUCGAGUUGUUUUCUUGCUGUUCUUGCUACGUUUUUAGACAAUAGUUCGCCGUAAAACGAGUGAAAUGUUCUCCAUUUAAUACACACUUCGAAAACAACUCAAACUCGUCCCCAGGUUUUCUCGGUUAACGGUUCAAUAAUUUGCAACUUUGCUGCACUUUUAACGGCGUCGGUUCAAUAUGGCAAAAUUCUUCCAAAUUUGGUCAACGGUAGCUAGAUAUGAUGAACUAUGCAUGUGAUUUUAGCCAAUCAGAAACGGAGAAAUAUUUUGAAUGAGUAAUAAAGGAUCUUAUUGAAGGUUGCUAUAUUAACUUUGAAGAUAUUGCACGGACUUUCACCUGACUAUUUAAAGCAAGGCGAUCUCUAGAUACAAUCUACAGUCUAACAAUGGACUUCUUCUUGAAAUACUAUCUGUUAACUCAAAAAAGACACUGGGUCAUCGCCCCUUUAAAAUGGCAGCUUUCGCCUCCGUAUGGAACAAAUUGCCGAACAAUAUACGUAACGAAACUAAUUUUAGCAAAUCUAAAUCUUCGCUUAAGACGUUUUUGUUUUUCAAUUUAACUUACAAUUAGGAUCUUAAAUACAUACUUUACUUUUAAUGUUAUUAAUGCAUACAUAUACUACUUCAACCUUAUUUACGCGCCUUUAAUUGUAAUUAAGGUAUAUUUCAUUUACAUCAUUUUCCAAAGUUAAUUUUUUUUAUUAUUCAUUCAAAAUAUUUCCCCGAUUCUGACUGGCUAAAAGCACACGCAUAAUUCACCAUAACCAGUUACUUAUGACCAAAUGUGGAGGAAUUUUGGGUUUAACGAGGAAAUGAGUUCAAAAAUGCAGCCCGCUACAGGUUAAUGCACCGUUAACCGAGAAGACCUGGAGACGUGGUUGAGUUGUUUUGGUUGUGAAAGCAAAAAUGGUGGACACUUCACUCGUUUCAAGAGUAAGAACUACAGCUGGAACUGGGCGAAAUAAUAGCUAAAAACAUAGCAAAAACAGCAAGAAGACAACUCGGAGUGCGACAUGUGCUAUUUGGAGAAUAUUUGCGGAGCUGGACAAACCUAAACGUACACUAUAGAAGAUGAACUUAACAUCGAUGCAGGUAAGCAUGUUUUAGCUAUGUUUUUAAACUAGGAAUUAUUUUGAAUGAAUAAUAAAGCAAUCAAAGAAUUCGGCUUUUGUAGGAUAUGAAGAAUUAAGCGCACCCUCCUCGAUCUGCUUAAUUCUUCAUAUCCUACGAAAGCCGAAUUCAUUAAUUGCUUCUCUAAAGUCAAUUAUUUUUAUCGGGCAUUUGAUUAUCAUAUUCUUGUAGAUAUUUGCGCGUUAUAAAUUUUUAACUUAUUGAUACAAAAACAAGUUCGCGCUUAAAUAUCUUACAAAGCACUUUCCGUGUGGUUUUGUGUGUGGUAGACAUGUACAGUUUACAGGUCUAUACAUACCGAGGGGUCAUUCUUUCAGCCUUUUAUUUUAAAGAUUUCCAUAGUUCUAAAAUGAUAUAAAACAUUUUACUGCUACACAUUGUGAAAUGACUUGAAAGAAAACGACGUCCCUGGGUGUGACGCCGUCUUCAGUCAAAACCUAGAAGUAUAAGAAUUAUAACGAGGGAAAGGAUAUAACGUACAGGCGCUGAUCUCGGACAAAUACUGACCGAUUUCGUAAUCGAGCGUCGAAAGCCCAAGUCUCUAGGAAGGUCCGGGGGCAUGCUUCCCCCAGGAAAUUUUUCGAAUUUUGACUCUCAAAACUCCCCUUUCCUGGGUUUCUGAGUCAUUCACACAGGAUAUUGGCCAGUUCAAAUGAAGCCUUGAAAACCGGCGGAUUAUUUCAGCAAGGUCAGUUUCCAUAUUGUGGUGGAUAUGAAGCAAGGCGAGUCCAAACCUUUUCCAGAUUUCAACUUGGUUUUUUAUUAUUAUUAUUAUCAAAAAAUAUAUUUAUUAUGAAAAAUCUGACCGAUUUCCGUAAAUCUAUGGAAACUGGUGUGGAUCCGUGCCUGAGGUAAUACAGGAUUACACAAUUAGUUUACCUUUUUGCUUUGAAAAAAAAAAAAACAAUUGCCUGCGGAAAAUAAAUGAAUUUGAGCAAAGUGGCCGGUUUGAAUUAGCUUACCAGAAAAAUAGCUCCAAUUAAAAGUACAAGUCAAGCUUGCUUGUUUUUUUUUUCCCUCCCUUUCUACUGUUGUUUUACAAUAGCUCUUGACAGUUCUCAUCAGAGGUAAUGAAAUGCUACCAAGCUAUACUAUUCCAGUUACAAGACUAUUCAGUGUUCACUUUUCUAUACGAGAAAAACACUCCUUUAUGGUCUCAACAAAUUUCCUUUUUGAAUGACUAAGAAGCAACUCGCGAAGCAAGGAUGUUGCAAGCACCUAUAAAAGGCCGGAAAUUAGCGCGAAACUGGAAAGCUGCUGUCGAGGGGGUGAGUGGCAAUUCUCCUAGGCAUGCUUCAUGCUAAGGAAACCUGGACAAGUUCCGGCCGUUUGGGCCUUUGGCUCCUGUGCGCCUUUACCUUUUUACCUUUUUUUAACGCGAGCGUACGAAUUAGCUCUGAAAAGGAAAUCUUUCAUUAUGAAAGCACUUGCAACAGGAAAACUCUUAUCCUAUCCUAGUAUGCAUUAAGUCAUAGAUAAGAAGAGCUGUCGAAUGUCUCACGUUACAAAGAGAAGAUCGAAGUAUUUGAUACUACUUACCAAAAUAAUGAUUUGUGUGACAGUUGCUAAAGCCGAUUAAUGCUAACACACAUUGAUGAAAGAGUCUGAAGAUUCCAGACUCCUUUCCUUAUCUUAGAACCACUAUGACCGACACCAACUCCUCUGACCUAGGAGUAGAAACAGAAAUCCAAGCUACCACAAACGCAUUUGGUGCCCAACCACCAAAAUUAAAAAUGUUCAAUGGCGCUGUGCUCCCAUCCCUAAUCGAUGCAACUGAAUGCUCUCAAGAAGCUGACCUGCCCACUUUUACACCAUCUACUAAAUUCCCGGGAAAGAUGGCAGGAGGGAAUUCCUGAUGUAGACGUGCUCAAGAGGGCCGACUCUGUUACUAUGGAAGCUCUCAUCACCUCGUAUCACGUUGUGCUCGAAUUCAAUGGGGAGGAAAAUUCAACGGAAUAAACAAUCGCACCGGAGGCGAUGGACUCCCAAUACACUUUGCUUAUGUAAACGUUUUACAUGUAGCUGACCUCGUUUGGUAAUUACUCGAAAAUCCGGAAAAAAGUUUGUAGAAAUUAAAUUUUACGCUCAAAAUUGAUCGUCUGUCAAAAUGUUUUUAAUCAAAUCGACUGUAUCAAUACAUCUUGUGUGAAUUCUUAGCAUGCGAUAUCUUUUGAAGCACGUUUCCUAAAGUUGAAGUCUAAAAUACAUUUGUGCCAGUAAAAAUUAUAUAGUACUCUUUCAUCAUUACUGAUCCUACAACCCCGGACAAAACCUGUUGAGGCAAAUCGCAAAAAUGCCUAUUUUUUCCUGCCAUCCUGGUAAAAACUGAAACCUCCGUCAAAUGAAUGCCCGAUUUCCUCCCUCCCCUUAUCCAAAGUUGUUUAAGACAGCAAUACCCGCGUUUACUGAGUGUGUAAUUAGAACAAUUUAGGACAUGCCAGUUUAUCUCCUUGACAAAAUAAUAGAAUCCAUGCCGAUAAAACCAUUAAUUUUUCUAUGACAACCAGGGCCAAAAGAACAAAUACUAAUGAAGAACUUCCAAAAUGGGUAGAAAUAGGAUGUGUAGGGAAAACAAUGCCUCUUUGAUCACAAAUACAGCGAAAACAUGUUGUCACGCGAUGGCAGUUCUUUUGUGGCAAAAAACAGCGCAUAUCAUGACAAUUACACCAGUGUCAAAAAGUUUUCCUUUUAGUAAAAGGUCUUUUUAAUACUUGAAAAUCAACAAAAAGGUUCUAUAUACUGUACUACGGAAAAUGCUUGAAAGAACAGUAAACGCUUGAAAUAAACGAUUAACAGGAACGCGCAUGUUUAUUCUAACGGUUCACAACGAUUAACAGCGGUUAACAGAAUAUAUUAAAGGAAACUGAUAGUCUACGAGUUGUUUUUCUUCAGAAAAGUUGUUAACCGUUGUUAACCGUCGUUAACCGUUGUUUCUUUCCUCUGCUGUAUUUUAUUCGCAAAGAUAACCGUCUGCGAGAAAAAAACUACUCCGUUUCUGUUGCAUAACAAGCUCAUCAAAGCACCUUGCACAUCAGGGAUUUCCCGUUAUUGUUCCCGCGGAAUCUGCGUGGAGAAAUGAGAGAUCCAUCAUGCCACAUUCCCGUUCGUACACAAUUCCAUGUUUGCUGUAACUGGAGCAAUGUUGUUUAAUUAAGUGUAGGAUCUUUGCAUUGCACUUGGCGAACAACUUAAUCACUGCUAAGGCAAAUUACUCGCGGGAUAGAAAAAUAAGUCAACCUGUUGAGACAAAUCGCGAAACUGCCAUCCUUGCAAAAACUGAAACCUCCGUCAAAUGAAUGCCCGAUUUCCUCCCUCCCCCUAUCCAAAAUUGUUUAAGAUAGCAUGACAAUUAUACACGUUGGUUUUUAGACCAAGACAACUUUGAAUAGGGGGUGGGGAGAGGGCUUACUUUUUCUGUUUAGAGGAGUAGUGGGCAAAAGUUAGAAAAUAGAUGGAAUUGUCUCAACAGUUUUGUCCGGGGCUGUAGCAAUCUGUAGGACGCGUGUAACAAUUAUGAACUUAGUAAAUGGCUUAGUAGCCUUACCAUCAGUGUCUCUAUAUAUCAUUGGACAAAAGGACUAAUGAAGUAGCGAUGGUGGUGAAAGACAUUCGUGCGUUAAGGGACUCAUUCGAGCCCUGAUUGGAUGAAGUGUGAUGGAAAUUUGAAUACACCGAGAUUAAAAACUCUAGUGUUAAAAAAUAUAAGUGAGAACAGUUUUAGAACUUGGAAGGACUUGGACAGAGAGACAAUUUUCGUUUAUUCGAUUGAUAGUUUUUGAAUUCGCUUGGUAGUUUUUUGUGAAUUUGAAUUCGGUCAAGUUGUAAAAUUCGUAGCUAAGAGUUGUGUACAAUUUUUGAAUAUAGUUCAUUCUCGCGAACAUCAUUAUACAGUACCCUUUCAUCAUCGCUGAUCCUAACAGUACGUAGGACGCGUGUCGCACAAAAAACGUAGUUUAGUAGCAGUUGUUGUUUAUACUGAGGGGUAUCCUGUGCGUUAAAUCCUUUAAGGUAUAGUUUGUUAUUUUCUGUUAUUUAUAGUCAUAAAAUAUACUGCUCUUCUAUCGCUCUUGGAAUGCAGUUUUCAGUUGUUUUACCUUUUUUGGAUUCCUUUCAGAAAACAUGGAGGAUCUAAGAAGAGCAAGCGUACAAAGACCUGCACCUGGUGGAGACUUUCCAAGGGAAAUACGACAGGACGAAGAAAAUUUAGAGAGACAGCUCAGAGAGAUGCGGCAACGUGAAGAAAAUUUGCAAAGAGAGCUCAGGGAGAUCCGGCAACGUGACGAAAACUCACAAAGGCAGUUGAGGGAGAUGCAGCAAAACUCACAAAGACAGUUAAGAGAGAUGGAACAACGUGAAGAAAACUUACAAAGUCAGCUGAGGGAGACACAGCAACGUGAAGAAAACUCACAAAGGCAGUUGGGGGAGACACAGCAACGUGAAGAAAACUUACAAAGGCAGUUGGGGGAGAUGCUGCAAAACUCACAAAGGCAGCUCAGAGAGAUGCAACAACGUGAAGAAAUUUCACAAACGCAGCUCAGGGAGAUGCGGCAGCGAUUUGAAAGCUCCCAAGAACGGGUUUCCACCUUGGAAAGACAGCUGAGAGACAAAGACCAGGAAGUGAAUGAACUAGAGUUAAGUCUUUCGUUAGCCCAGCAAACAAUAAGUGAACAGCAACAACAGGAAACGUGCGAUUGGGUUAUUUCCCGUGAUGAAAUUCAAAUGACCAAUAAAUGCCUCGGCAGGGGAGGCUGGGGAAGUGUUUAUGAAGGCGUGUAUUGUGGCUGUACUGUAGCAGUAAAGCAAAUUCAUGAUCUGAUUCUCUCCCCUCAUAACAUACGUCUUUUUGAGAGAGAAAUGAAUAUUGCAUCCAAGUGCCGCCAUCCUCACUUGCUGCAGUUUAUCGGCGCCACUAAUGAUGAG